AUUCUGCUGUGUAGCAUCUGUGGGUAGCAGAGCUUCCCAUGCUAAGGAGCAGAGGGAUACAGACACAGCAGCAGCAGCCACAGCCCUGGAAGUGUAUACAGAGCCCAGGCAGCAGCUCCGCCAUAGCCAGGGGCACACAGCAUCCCACCCUGCCUGGUUGUAAAGGUGGUCCCCCCCAUCCUGCGGCCUCACCCACGUGGGGUGAAUGAGGUUAAUGCUACUGUGCUGCACCUGGGGCGAAGAGCACAUGGGAGAGGAGGAAGGUGAGGGGCCACUGCUUGUUUGUAUUGUCUCUUCUGCUGGUUAUUAAACCCUUAGUGCGACAUACCAGGCACCCCAGGGGUUACAUCAUCACUAUGGUGCUGGGGAAGGGGUGUGUUGACUUGCUAAGGGGCAUGGUAUGAUGCUGUGGUCCAUGCAGAUGAUGUGGUGUUGGAUGAGGGUGAUAGGGUUUGAUGGAGUGGGUGAUGGUGCAUUGGGCAGAUUUGCUGCUGUACAUGGAGAAGUGGAUUGGGGAUAUGAGCAAUGCAGUCCAACAAGUGCAUUAACCCAACGGGUGGCAGAUAGGAAGGCUGUACUGCAAAAUAGAUUAAAUGUUUUUUUUUUUUUUUAGCAAUGAUGGAUAGAAAUGUUGGUGAAAUGAGAUGCAUUGGUGGGAUAAUGGAAGAUACUUUUUUAGAGUGCUGCUACAGCACAGCCACUGUGAAUGGUAAUCAGUUAAAUUAAUUUUCUGUGAAAUGGAUGGUGAUCUGUAAAGUGGGUGUGCAAAAAUAGACUGGAGUGUGUGCUGGUGAAGUCAUUAAAGGACAAGAAAAGAAAAAGUAGCUAGUAGUUAGCAUUCGAAGGACAUGGAGAUAAACAGUAUGAACAUAAAAUGAUAGCACAGAAUACCUUUGAAAUAAGCAACAGCGGCUCAAAAUCUCAAGACUGUAUGUAAGCACACUCAAGAGGGACAGCUAUGUAUAUGUCAGACAAACAAAAUGAAAAUGAAACAUAAUUACGCACAUAUAAACAGCACCAUGCAUCAGUUUGCUAAUGCAGAUGUAUCAUCUAAGUGCUAUGGGAGAGAGAUCCGUGUGCCAAAAACGAGGAUACGUAGUCAGCAUAAUAUAUGUAUUCAGGGCUGGACUGGGGGAAAAAAUUCAGCCCGGAUGUUUUUUUAAUUAUAGUGGCCCAGUGAUAAGUUAUCACCAAUGACAAGACCUCCCCAUCAAAGUGAGCAUGUUGGUCUAGUGCUCUUCCAGGGCAGACAAUGUGCAGAGCCCCGCUGAAGAGCUCUCGCAUGAGAAAAAAGGCCCUGUAAUUGUUCUGCGCAGCACAAGCAAAUUUGCUUGUGACUUGUCUCUGAUAAUUCCAUAAAUGGGAUACCAGAAACAAAAUGGCCCGGAAAAGUGUAUUGUGCAUGUAUUUGGAGGCUGCUUAUGGGAAUGUGUGUGGUGUUUUUUGUGUAAAUAGUUUAGUUUCAGUUGUGUUGUGUAAUAUAUGAGACUAUGGGCUGUUGAGAGUGAGUAUGUGUGUGUAUAGGGGGCAUGGUGUGUAGAGGGGCUGUAGUAUAUGCGUUUUGGUGAUGCAGUAUGUGCAGGGGCUGUAGAGAGUGUGUUUGCAUACAGGGAAAUCUAGUGUGGGCAUUCAGGCUGUGAGGGGUGCAGUGUGUGUUUAAGUGUUGCUGUGUGUGUGUGUGUUAGCGGUACAGUGGGUUUUUGAGGGGUACAGUAUAUGUGUGUGAGGGGUGCAAUGUGUGUAUAUGGGGUAUUGUGUGUGUGAGUGGUGCACUUUGUGUGUGUUAGGGAUGUAGUGUAUUUGAGGGGUGCAGUGUUUGAGAGUGCUGGGAAGUAUAAGGUCUAUAUUGUGUGUGGGGGUGAAAUAGGAGCAAAUAUGCAUUUUUUUCCCCCCAUUAUUAUUUUAUUUAAAAAGAAAUGAUAAUAAGCUUUACAUCCCACCUCCCUUCUUUUUACCAUUACCCAGGAGUGCAGACAUUGAAAGCCCUGGUGGUACUGAGUGAAUUAUGAUCUGCAGUUCUUCUGGCUAGAGUUCACUCUUGCGAGAUUCAUGGCAACACUCCGAGCUAGAUCUCUGCAGAGCUGCCGGUUAGACCCCUGGGUCCCCCUUUACUUUCCUCUGCCGCAGUGAAGUACCUAUGGGCCAGUGAAUGAGAUCUCCCCACCGGCCUGUGAAGGCACACAGCAAGGAUGGCAGAAGAGAUCCUCUAAUCUACCCUGUUGGCCACCAGGCCUGUAUAUAUUCUCAGAAAUACCCACAGCCCAAUGGGGACAGUCUGGAGGAAUCAAGAAAAACGCUGCUGUGAUUAAAGUGCCAGGAAAACAAACCUGUUUUCCUGACACUAUAGGCUCCUGUAGUGCACCCCGUCUGCGGUGCUGAAGGGAUUAAAACCCCUUCAGUCACUUACCUGAAUCCAGUGCCGAUGUCCCUCGGCACUGGGUCAGGCUCCGCCAUGCUCCUCCCCUCCAACGUCAUCUGGAGGGGGAGACUUAAUGUGCUUGCCCGGCAAUGGCCGCACUCGCAUUAGGAUUUCCCCCUAGGAAAGCAUUAUUCAAUGCUUUCCUAUGGGGAAAAAAAUCUGACGCUGGAGGUCUUCAUACAAAGCGUCCUAUAACGGACCAAAGGUCUGUUUCGAUUCUAAAAGGUCUGGUAGACAGCCACUAGAGGAGGAGUUAAUCCUACCAGGUAAUCAUUGCAGUUUUUCAGAACAUGGGACAUUGCACCCAGGCCACUUCAAUGAAAUGAGCUGAAGUGGUCUGGGUGCCUACAGUGUCCCUUUAAGUCAGCUAUGUUGGCAUUCACAUUUCAUUUCUGUAGAAUUUGGAGUUUGGUGUAUAACUGAGAGCAUUGCUGGCUUAGUAGUUGCACUCUCUUAUAAGCCUUUAUCAUAAUCCAUAUUUGUAUGAAUUAAAGGCUGCCAUACUCUGCCAGAGAGGUAGGAUUGCCAGGGAAAUAUGCCUCACUUGUCCAAUGUUUUACACCUGUCAAAUUAUGUUGAAUAAGAGCUGCAAUAGAGGGGUUAUGCACUUUCAUGAUUGUACUGGCUUUGUGCAUGUGCAUUAUUUUCUUCUGUAUAAAACUGUUGCUCCAUCCUUUAUACAUCGCUGCCUUUUUUUGCCUCCUUUAUAGUGCGCUAAAAUAAUCUCUCUUCCUCCACUUUUCAUUCCCCAUUGAAUUUUUUCUUUUGCUCCUUUUUUCCCUCUGGAUUUUCCCAUUAAUUACAUUGACAAAAUAUAAAGACAAAAAUGUUCUGUUUAUUUAGUAAAGGGUUACUCAUACCCUUGUUUUGCACAUUGUUUGUUUUAUUUUUAAACCUGCAUGAAAAGAAUAAAAUCACCUUGAAUCCAGCGCCGGGCCAAUUUCCCCACGAUCAUGUCCUGCCUUCUCCAUCUUCACGUUGUGUCAUCCUCAUCCUCUCCGUGGUUCAAUCAAAUGCUUCUCAUAGAAAAGCAUUGUUGGAUCACUGAACGAUACACCACUAAAACAUAAUUUCCUCCCAAUCAUUAAGAUUUGAGCUGUUUUCAGAGGGUGGUGGAGGUUGGACAAGUGGCUGGCUGGAUGGAGGGAGGUUUAACACUGAGCUGUUACUGUGACUGGUUACGUGCAAUCCGCACACACACUCCUACAGGCUUCUAGUUACAUGGCUCUGCACAGCGCUGGCUGCGAGAGAAGGGGAUCAAAUCAAGUCUGUCGCCAGUGCCACAUUGUGUCCUGACAACUGAUGUAUUUUUGCACAGAUUUCACAUUAGUCAGCCUGGUACUGAGUUCUGGGCUGACUAAGUCACAUGUGGCCAGGUUGUAAUUUCAAGCUAAAACUCUGCUCAUCCAGAUUGCUUGUACCAUGACCACUUGUAAAAGCAGAAGUGAUCAUGAUGGUUGGAGUAACCCUUUUAUUAAACAAAAAGGAAGAACGUAAAACUGCUUACCUUUUUCAGACAACCCAAUAAUCUGACAGUGGUAGAAAAAUUUGUCGGAAAGGAAAGUCACUAUUCUGCAGUCUUUUAUAUAAAUAAGGAGUGGAAAAAAAAUGAGACCCCAUAAAAGAACAAAAUGGAACUAAAAAAAUAUAUAGAAGAGGCACAGUAAAGAUUAUGUUUUUGAAAAUAAAAUAAUAAAUGGGCACACAUGGGAAAAGUGGCAGACAAACAGCAUAGAAGUGAAUGUGAUUCUGUUUAUUCAUAAUGCUUUGAACAGCUCACCAACGUCAUAUCGCUUGCUGCUAAGGCUUAUCUAUGGCUAAAUAAACUUCAGCCUAAAAAGGCCAGGCUAGCAGCUGACACUUUUUAUUGAUAUAUGCUGCAGAUACCAGUGAAGUAGGUAUUGUAUGAAUUGUAGCGUAUGUCGAUGGACAUCUUGACUGCUGGUAGAUGGGCAGGUUUAUUUACUAAAGCGUGUAAUGCUGGGAAUUUAACGUUAAUUCAAAGUGAAUUAACUACAAGGAUUGUAAAAGUCGAUGGACGCAGUGAAUGCUGGGGAAGUGUAUUUUGAUGAAUACAGUGAGUGUUGGGGAUGUGAGCGCCCACAGCUGCAGUGCAUGCUGGGAUAUGAAUCAGACUUUAAUAUGCACACCUUACAUGUAGCUAAUGUAACUGCAUAAGGUGCUAAUAGAUACAGUAGGUCUGAAUAAAAUGAGUGCCAGUAAAUCGUAUUGUAACACUGGUGGCUGUUAAAUGAUGCUAAUAGAUGCAGUGUGUUUUGGCUGAGUAGGUUAGAAGACGCCAGCGACCUGAUAAUGAUUGAUGGUGUAGUAGUAGGUAGUGAGAGAUCUGGUAAAUUAUAAUAAAGAAAAGAAAGAUUGCACAGUCAGUUAAAUGCUCUAGUUGGGGAACACUCUCUGGUAACCUGUGACUUAGACGCUAGUUUCACAGCACACUGAUCCACAUGUGUGAUAAAUGUUAAUCAGUACUGGGAGUGAGGAUCCAGUCAAGGUAUAAGGACAUCAUUGAAGUUUUAUUCAGUGAAUUAAGAUCACAGUAGAAAUAUUUUAUGCCAUGCACCCAAGAUGGAAAAUAUCUGCCUGAUUGUGAUACAGAUAUUUCUCCAAUUAAUUUGCUUGCUCUAAACUUUGCUACUCUUUUGAUAUCACAACUCCCAGUAUGGCAAGUGAUUCUCUGUACUUAAACAAUUUUCUGUCACCCAAAUGCAAGUGAGUUAUGUCCAGCAAUAUGUAAUGUUUGGUUUGUAUGUUGCAGGACUCUUUCUUUAUAUACUACGGGCAGCACUUUACAUGUGCUUCUCAUUACUAUGUUUUAGGAAUAUCUAUCCAUAAAAAAAAAACAUUCUGGUAGCCCUGUUCUGCAGUCUCUUUUUGAUGAUGACAUACACUUCUCUGUAGGAAAAUGUUUCCUUUUGCAGCUUUUCAUACACAAAUAACUUUAGUUUUUUUUUGUGUGUGUGUAUGUGAUGUCACUCGCUGCCUAUAGCCGUGGCAUUCCAACCUUGUUAUCUAUAUAAUAACUCCACCAUUAGAUAACAAAUAGUUCAAAUGCCAAUCCCAAACAGGUUUACAGUGAACUGGACUGACUUCUUGCAGUGAGUCCGCCACCAUUUCCAAUUCAGAAUGCACUCUAUGACUGGUGAUAAACUGCUGCCUCUCAUUUCUGCAAUAACACUUAUCACUGUAUGGUAUUCAGUUUUCACUGUUUCAUUUCAUGUUCAUUUACUUUGUCUCCAUCACCUUCAUUUCACCUUCAUUUCUGGGUUGGAAGUUUUUUUAAGUAUUACAUUUAUUCUCAUACUUGCACCCCAGACCCUCGCCUGCAGGACUUCCUCAAGCCUUCCCCUUUCCUUAAGGAAUUCCCUUCCGCACCAUAUUUGACUCUCCCCGUCUUUGCAGUCCUUGGAAAAAUUCUUAAUUUCUUAAAUACACAAUUCUUUAGAGAACCCUAUCAACUCGCCCCUUAACUCCUUAUUCCCUACAUCCUUCCUCUGUGUAAUUGUCCCUCAUCCUUUUAGAUAGUAAGCAUUAAAUGAGGACUAUAGACUCCCAGACCAGUUCAUGUCAUUGAAAUGGUCAGGGUGAAGUGCACCAGUCGUCUUAAUCCUGCACUACAGACAGCCACGAGAGCCACUUCCUGCUCCCUAACAAAGUUUAACUAUGGGAAAUGAUGUUGAAUGUCUAAAUGCUUUGCGUUGAGUUAAAGGAUCACUAUAGGGUCAGGAACACAAACAUGUAUUCCUGACCCUAUAGUGUUAAAACCACCAUCUAGCCCCCCUGGGCCCCUCAUGCCUCUGUAAAUAUAGUAAAAAUAUUACUGUAUUCAAGCCUGAAGCUGUAACUCUGCAUGCUGUUAGACGCAGAAAAACAAGAAGUCUGCUGACAUCAUCAGAAGUGGUAGCCUGAUCCAAUCACAAUGCUUCUCCAUAGAAUUGGCUGAGACUGACAAUGAGGCAGAUCAGUGGCAGAGCCAGCAUGAUUCAAACACAGCCCUGGCCAAUCAGCAUCGCCUCACAGAGAUGAAUUGAAUCAAUUUAUCUCUAUGAGGAAAGUUCAGUGUCUGCAUGAAGAGGGGGGAGAUACUGAAUGUUUGGAUGCAAUUUAGGCAGUCAUGACCCAGGAAGGAUCUCGACAGCCAUCUGAGGAGUGGCCAAUGAAGUUAUCACUAGGCUGUAAUGUAAACUCUGCAUUUUCUUCGAAAAGACAGAGUUUACAGCAAAAAGCCUGAAGCUAAUGAUUCUACUCACCAGAACAAAUUCAAUAAGCUGUAGUUGUUCUGGUGACUAUAGUGUCCCUUUAAUGUCUUCCUAUUCGGAAGCUUUGCAUGCAUGGCACUCUUAUGCACUCUCAUGCGCAUUAGGUUGCAAAGAGGUAAGUGAGCAAAGUUUUUUUUUUUUACCUUUUAUUCACUGUGGGAUGACACAGAAAUAACCUUAUAUGCGGACACUAUAUAAAUAACUGUAAUUAAUGCAGUUAUAUCAUAUCGCAGUACCUUUUUUGUGUUCAAGACUGUUCCAAAUAAAAUCAUAAGCUUUGCAGUAUUGAAGUAAUUUUUUCCUAAUGGUCAGUGAACUUUAGUUAUUCAUCCAGUUUUUCUGAAGUGUGUAUUCUCCAAGAUGUCCAUUAUUUGACCGUGGAAUUAAAUAGCAUGCAGUAAUCAGAUUCUCAGAGCACCUCUUUCCAGAAUAAAUAUACCUACUCGAAAUAGUCUCCCAUAAUUGAAUUCCUCCAUUUCCUUGAUUAAAUACACUGUCCUCUUCUCCGUAUCCUUUGCUUUGUAUUACAUAUGAAAUUAUUUUAUUCUUCAAGCCCAAUCUAUGUGGCAUCAUAGUGGUUGUCUUCUCCACCUUCAUUCAAAUUGUGUUUAUAACAAGCCACUAUGGACCGUCAUGUCCAGUCUUUGGAAGCUUAGUGCUUUUGAGUCUCCCAUCGGUCCUCUCCACCCUGGCAACCAUGCAAAAGGUAUAAACGUGCAUCUAAUGCCUUCUGCCACUGCCCCAGCUGUAGUGUACAUUUCCUGUCCCUUGGAGGUCUUUACAGAGAGCUGAUGUCCAAUAACCCACCUCAUCCCAAGGCUCACGUCCUUUUGACUUCGUCCUUUUCAGUGUUGAUGAUAAAUAAUAUGGCUCAUAAAAUUUCAUUUCUUACAUGUAUGGUGCAGUGUGCGUUAAUAGUUCCAUACCUAGUACCUUGGGCAUCUGUGGCACAUGUAGACCGGUACUAAAAUUUCUAAAGACCAUGCUGGAGCUCUCUCAAAUGAUUUACAACUAACCUUCUAUCAAAGCCACCUUUUACUUAUCACACAGGAGGUUUGUUGUCAUAUUACAAUGCACAUUCAUGUAAUCAUAUUAGCGUGAAACAUCAUUUUCUGAAAAAAGCCAAGUCUGUAAAUAAUUUAGGCUAGCUUGCAAGAGACACAAAUAACCAUGGAGUCACGAAAAGCAUCUGUUUUGUACUCAACCCUGUAUGCAAAUGAAAAAUGUUAUGAUGGGGAUCUUAAUCUUAAAGUGACAACAUGGGUUGGAAGUUUUUCAAUGUAUUAUAUUGUCAAUGCUUUAAAAUUGUGCAAACAAAUUAUGUAAAUAUGUAAAAGAAAAAAAGAUUCUUUAAAAGUCCCUGCUGCUUUAAAUGUUUCUAAUACAUGGCAGAUACAAUACAUCCACUGAUCGAGAGCCUUUAUGGUCUCAUUAUGAGGGAUUUUCUUAUCACACCAAUGGGCGCUAACACUCAUCCCCGAAGAAGUAAAAUUCCACCAUUGAUAUCACUGAUCUAUAGAGAAAUAUAUAGUUGAAGCAAUGGUUGCACCUACUUCCUGAUCUCACGUGGGGAAAGUAUAACGUCCUGAUGGAGCUGUCUAAAUUGGAAUCAGACUUUGAGACAUUUUCCACUUCAGCUAUUUUUGCCUUAGAUUUGAAAUGCACUUUGAAUUCUUGACGAUUCUCUCUUUAGUAAAUAACCCGGACGCUGUUUAGGCAAAUUAGGCCUAUGGUUUAGGAGAUUUGCUGGAAAUUCAAAUACAUUGAUCAGCCACAACAUUAAAACCACCUGCCUAAUAAUGGGUAGGUCUCCUUCGUGCUGCCAAAAUAGCUCUGAUGCAUUGAGGCAUGGACUAAACAAGACCACUGUGGUAUCUGGCACCAAGACAUUAGCAGCAGAUGCUUUAAGUCCUGCAAGUUGCGAGGUGGGGCCUUUUAUGGAUCGGUUUUAAUGUUCCAGCACAUCCAACAGAUGCUCAAUUGGAUUAAGAUCGGGGGAAUUUGGAGGCCAAGGCAACACCCUGAACUCUUUAUCAAUUACCUCAAACCAUUCCUAAACAAUUAUUGCAAUGUGGCAUGGCACAAUAUCCUGCUGGAAGAGGUCACUGUCAUCAGGAAACACCAUUGCCAUGAAGAGGUGUACAUGGUCUGCAACAAUCUCUAGGUAGGUGGUACAUGUCGAAGUAGCAUUCACAUGACUUCCUGGACUUGAGGUUUUCCAGGAGAGCAUUGCCCAGAGCAUAAGACUGCCUCUGAUGGCCUGCCUUCUUCCCAUAGUGCAUCCUGCUGCCAUCGCUUACCUCGUAAAGAAAAUCACAUGCACCCAGCUAUCAACCUGAUCUAAAAGAAAACGUGUUUCGUCAGACCAGGCAACCUUCUUCCAUUGCUACAUGGUCCAGUUCAGAUGCUCACGUCCUCACUGAAGGCACUUACAGUGGUGGACAGGAGUCAGGGUUUUACCUGGGUUGGGAGUCUGUAGCGCAGAUAUGUUGCUCACCCUUGCAGAUAGCCACAGGCCAAGGUGGUCAGGUAAGAAUUCACCUGGCCUGUGGGUCUGUGCUCGGGGGCUGUGCAGGAUGAAGUACCAAGUCACAGGACAGACAAGGACUCAAACAACAGGAUCGUCAAGGGAUAGCCGAGGUCAAAGGAUGCCAGAGGACAGGAACAACGAGGAGUAGCCGAAGUCAAGGGAUGCCAGAGGUCAGAGUAAACGUAGUCAGAUGUCGGGGUCAAUAAAGUAGCAGAUCAAACGACAGGAACACUGGUACGGAACACACAACAGGAUCAAAGACUUGAUCCUGAUCACAGGGCGAGGCUGAGUUUAAAUACCCUGCUGAUAUCUGAUCAGGGUCAGGUGAAGCACAGCCAUAGUCAAGGUACAGCCCCCAGAGUAAUUGACAUGCCAGGAUGAACAGGACCGGAAUGACUUGUAGAUAAACAAAGCUGAUGUGGCUCAGAGGUAGGAAGCAGGACCACGACUGCGAAGUUCCCCGGUUCAAAUCUCCUGUAGGGAACUCCUUGGGCGACCACAUCUGGCCAUUUGUUUGCUGUGGUGAGAACCAUGACAUUAAGUAGUUUGAGGUACAGUAGGUCUUCUGUGUGAUUGGACCAGUCAGACUAGCCUUCGUUCCCCAUAUGCAUCAAAUAGCCUUGGUCACCUAUAACCCUGACACCUGUUCACUGGUUGUCCUUACUUGCAUUAAUUUGGUAGGUACUAACCACUCCAUACCGAGAACACCCCACAAGACUUGCUAUUUUGGAGACGCUCUGACCCAGUUGUCUAGCCAUCACUAUUUGACCUUUGUCAAAGUCACUCAGAUCUUUUCGCUUGCACAUAUUUCCUGCUUCCUACACAUAACAUUCAAGAACUGACUGUUCACUUGCAGUCUACUAUAUCCCAAAGAUUUACAGGUGCUAUGGUAAAAAUGUAAUCAAUGUUAUUCACUUCAUCUAUCAGUGGUUUUAAUAUUGUGGUUGAUCAGUGUAUAUAUCUAUUUUAAUUAAGUGUUCUUGCAUAGCAAGACCACUAAAUGUUAUCUCACAUAUAUAUUAUUAUAGCCAAAUUUACCACCCUAACUCCUCCCACAGUUUUUACACUACAUAGACCGUAAUAUACCGAAACGUGCGGAUUGUUCCUGAUUGGAUUGCUAUUACUUUGUGGAAAGUUUCGCCGAAUGGUUCACGGAAUAUCGUCGUUCUUGUGGUGAAAUUGGUCCCAUAUGAAUGAAUGGCAAAAUGUUCAAAACUAGAGUGGGAGCUGGCAAAAGCUGAAAAAUCAGGACAUGAUUUCUAAACUGCCACCACUCCCUCAUUUUCAAUCCCACCUACACAAAUCUUAUGUCAAAACGUUCAGCUAUCCCUGCUGCCACUAAACAUGUCAACGGCUAAGCCAUAGUCCUGAUAGUUUUCACAAUAUGACCAUUUGUUUGCAACUCGCACCGUCCAUUGACAUUCAUUGAAACUCCACACUCGCCAGCCCAAAUUUGAAGUGCAAUGUCUAAACUGCGACUGUGCCUUCAUUGUUAAUAUGUCAGAGACAUACUAUGUAUCAAAAUGUAGUUCUGGGUCUUGUGAUUCUCACAAUAUAAAGCUCUUCGCUGUAGGAUUUAUACUUUUUAAAAUACGACCGUUUGAAGAUGGCAACCGCCAAAAUACUCUGACCUGUGCCAGGCUGGAGCAGCAAGUGAUGUCAUAGACAGGGCCUUUUGUACACCUGCUAAUGUUUUUAUAAAUGUAUGUUUUAAUGUAACUGUGAAGCACUUUGGGCAUCAACGUUGCAAUUAAAUGUGCUAUAUAAAUAAAUAAUAACAGCUACUCCGCCCACUCCAGUUGUAGACUACUGGUGGAGGCAAGAACACUUCACACAAUUUCCCCAGGAAUUGUAGCUUUUCUAGUUAUUAUUAUUAUUAUUCUUAUUAUAGCAAAAUUUGCCACCCUAACUCCUCCCACAGUUUUUACACUACAUAGACAAAAAUUUACCAAAACGUGCAGAUUGUUCCCGAUAGGAUUGCUAUUACUUUGUGGAACGUUUCGCCGAAUGGUUCACGGAAUAUCGUCGUUCUUGUGGCGAAAUUUGUCCCAUAGGAAUGAAUGGCAAAGCUAGAGUGGGAGCUGGCAAAAGCUGAAAAAUCAGGACAUGAUUUCUAAACUGCCACCACUCCCUCAUUUUCAAUCCCACCUACACAAAUCUUAUGUCAAAACGUUCAGCUAUCCCUGCUGCCACUAAACAUGUCAACGGCUAAGCCAUAGUCCUGAUAGUUUUCACAAUAUGACCAUUUGUUUGCAACUCGCACCGUCCAUUGACAUUCAUUGAAACUCCACACUCGCCAGCCCAAAUUUGAAGGGCAAUUUCUAAACUGCGACUGUGCCUUCAUUGUUAAUAUGUCAGAGACAUACUAUGCAUCAAAAUGUAGGUCUUGGUCUUGUGAUUCUCACAAUAUAAAGCUCUUCGGUGUAGGAUUUAUAGUUUUUAAAAUACGACCGUUUGAAGAUGGCAACCGCCAAAAUACUCUGACCUGUGUCAAGCUGCAGCAGCAAGUGAUGUCAUAGACAGGGUCUUUUGAACACCUGCUAAUGUUUUUAUAAAUGUAUGGUUUAAUGUAACUGUGCAACAAUGUUGCAAUUAAAUGUGCUAAAUAAAGUAUAACAGUUACUCCGCCCACUCCAGUUGUAGACUACUGGUGGAGGCAAGAACACUUCACACAAUUUCCCCAGAAAUUGUAGCUUUCUAGUUUAUUUUAUUAUAGUGCAUAUAUUUAUUUUGUGCUAUAUCUAUAAAAUGCUUUACAAUAAAAACAUCUCCAGGCUGGAAUGUUACGAGAUCAAUACUUAAUAACCAGGAGCUUGAUUACUUGCAUUUCAUUUUCACAUGUAUUAUAAUGCACUAUGUAUUCUAUGUAACAAUGUAUAUUAUUUUCAUGUAUCUCUUAUUGUUAUGAUGUAUUUCAUGUUUAAUAGUAUUUGUAGUCAUGGUAUAUUUGCAUGGCUAUUCCAACUAUAGUUUUUCUCUGCAUUUUUCAAAUUCUUUAAGUUUAAUAGUUGCUGUGUUGUUUUCACACUAGCGGUGUUUGCCUAUUGCAAUCAUGAAUGUCUCGGUGAAAUCGUGGACAAUGCUUGUUUCUCUGCUUGACUCCUCCACACAUUUUCUACGUGUAUAGCUUAUUUGAGAACAUAAUAAUCAGUUUAUUAAAACGGGGGAUUGUUUUUCCUUUUUGAGCAACAGAUUGAACUUGAUGGACAUCAUGGUUUUUCAACAUGUGUUACCAUGUUGCUAUGUUCACCCUACGUUUUCAUUAUAAACUUUGCCCUUAGCAGAAUGUAUUGUUUGUUUCCUUCUUAUUUAUGGAGCCACAAGUGAGGGUUAUACAAUUCCAAUGUGCCGUGUGGCCAUGGUGACAGAGAAAUGGCAUGUGGCAUUGAGUAUUUGUCUGCUAGUCAGAGAAGGCUGUAACGGACCGUUUUGCACACAAGGGGUAAAAAAACGUUUAGGCGAUCGUCCCCUUUUCCAGAGAUGCAGGCACAGCUAUUGUAACACACCAAACUCACGAACCGCCAAUAAGUGAAUGCUCCAAACUCCCGAACGGCAUCCAAUAUAGCAUUCCAAACACACGAACUGGAACCAUACGAAUCGCUGCUAGCAGACGAAUAGGAAAAGCAUCCAAGCGGCUUACACUCCUACCAAUCAGUCUCUAGCAGCAUUCAGUAAAUCCCCCCCAAAGACGAGACAAGGCUCCGUGUUGGGGCUCAAGCAGAGGUCAGACAGAGCUGUAGGUUUAUUGUGCUUAUGUACACAUUCUUACACAUUAGUACCACCCACAGGGUUUUGGAACACAACCAAUAAACACAUACAAUACACUCAGACACUCCCACACAAAUUCCUCCCCUCUGCUUGUGAUUCAAUUAACGUACACAAUGGGUAAUGUAAUUUAGCACAAGCAGAGAAAUACAAUUUUCCCACAUUAUUCAUAACUUGAAAAGUAUGCAUCACAUUCACAUAAAACUUACAUUUUCAGAAUCAGCAUACUCCAAAUACAAACAUACGUCAAAAUCAUACAAAUUCAUCCAGUGGUUCAAAAGAUAGAUCAUAGUCCUUUGUGACCACAGGAAGCAUGGCUUUUCUGCCCAAAACCAGUUCCACAGAGUCUUCUAUCCUGGAGAUAAUUAGAAGUAAUCCAAUUAUCUCCAAAGACAGAGGCAAAACUACACUGAACACAUGGCAGCAAAAAGACAGUAAAAUACAAUAAAAUACACAAGGUUACAUUUAUGACAUAAAAUACAGACAUGCAACAUAUGCCCAAAUAGCUUAGGUCUGAGCGCACAUUAUAACUGAAUGGCGCUCAGAGCACACACAUACAGUUCAAUUGCCAUGGAGCCAAAGUCUUUCCCAUAGUCUUUCAUUAUACGAAUGGGCUCCAUGGCAUAGCUAUCUGGGGGAUCACUGCUCAAACAGGGCAAGCACCAAAUGACCCGGCUUUCUUGUCUUUGCAGGGGAAAAUCAAGCCUUUUAACAUGGGGCCAUGAUCCAAAGGCAACAGGCGAGCAACCAGGCUUCUCCAAUGCAAUGUGGCGAGAUUGCUCUCGUCACAAAGGCCAAAAGAUCUCCCCUGAUUUAGUCCAUUGUCUGCAAUGUAAUGUGCUGUCUGUGCGUGCUACAUAAUCAGAUACCGCUUCAUCACGGCCCAUGACGAUACAUCCUUUUGAGUGUUCUUGUUCACAAAUUCACUAGGAGGCACAAGAGAGCCCAGAAGUUGUCUGUGCAACAUUAGCAGUGAUAUAUUGUGUUGCCUCAUACCAAUUCCAUGCACAUCCUCUUCUCAUUUUACCACCACUUGCUCCCAUGGCCCCACUUCUUCAUAGGCUGCCAGCUACAAAUUUUUUGAUAUUUUAUUUCUUUGGGCUCUAUUGCAGAUACAGCUAAUGUUGGUUAAGUUUAUUAUAUGGAGAUUUCCGAAAAGUAAAUAAAACAACGGAAGCAGCAAGCAGGAUAUCUAAUCUUGGCUUCUCAUGCUGGCUGAGCAUGUCUAAUCUUGGCUUCUCAGAUAGGCUGGCUGAGCAUCAUGGGAACAAUCUAAUGCUUAACCUACCUAUCAGGAGUGCCAGAAUUUGCUGAAAUGUAAUCAUUAAUCCCAAUUACUCGGCUUCAGGGACCAGUUUGCAUCUUUCACUGUUUGUUUCUGUUGCAUUAACCUUGUAUUACUGUUGUCUGGCUCCUAACUUUUUGUACUUGGCUGCUAAAUUUGAGAGAUCGUCAGGAUUCUAUAAAUACUAUCAUUCAAUGUAUGGUACUUGUUCCAAUAAAUAUUCUAUAUACACUGGCCAUAGCAGUCUCAUCUUGUGUUAUGUAAGAUAAUUGCACUUAUGCUAGAGGAUGUAUGACAGUGAUUCAGUACAUUCAGUUCAGACAAUGUUCUUUUUAAUCUAUGCAAAUUCAUUAAUGAUUUAUAGAUCCUUUUUUUUUCUCCUCUCAAAUGAAAUAAAAUAUGUCAUGUUGCAGACUUUGUAUUCCAUAUUUCUGCUUGAAUCAGUGGUGAUCUAAAUAAAUAUUUUAGGCACACUCAAUCUUUAAAUCUGGAAUUGAUGAAAUCUUGUCUUAAUAUAAAGUACUCCAAUAAAUUGUGCAUGCAUCCACAUUAUUGAUUUUCUAUUAGCAAUUAGUGGGCAGAGGUUUUUAAAUCAGAAAAAAAAAAUCAGGGUUUUUUUAUUCUUCUUUCUUGAUAUAACAGUCAAAAUCAAUAUAUAGUUGUAGUGGAGCUCCAAUAUUCAGCAUAAAUAUCUCCGCUGUAGACUCCUUGUAGCUGAGGAAGCACUAAGAUUUCCAAGGCCCAAUCCCACCAGUAACUGGGUGACACACAGUUCUGGGAGUCAACUGAUUUUUAUCCAGCCACAGCUGGCUUUUAAACAACUCCCCAUGCAAGGGGUUUCUUAAAUCAUAUUCCACGGGUUUCCCUCUGGUGGACCUUCUUGGGGACAAGGGACAAAUCAACAUUUCACAGACUCCUCCUUUGUGCCUGGGAGAUAAUUGAGUAAGUACAACUCUUGAUUUAAAUUAUCUCCCAGGUACAGAAAAUAUACAAUAUUUGAAACCAGCGUUAAACACAUUUUAAUAUUUCAGAAUCCCACGAAAAUUACUUCACCGAAUAGCUGGGAUCUGAGCACCCACUUUGUCAAAAUCCCACUCAGAUCCGUUCAGUGGUUUAGAAAUGCCUUUCUAGUGAAGUUUGGACCGGUCAGCCACGAGGUGAAGCCCCAAAACAGUUCCAGAGAAAUUUAGGCUUCAACCGGUCGUCUUUCAGGAGUUUUCAUACGAACACCGACAAAAGCUCCCCCUGGCUGCUAGCAUACACAUGUUCCCCUUGUUCGGUAGUUUGGGUCUCGCGAAUGCCUUACUCAUACUGGUUCGGGAAGUUGAAUGGGCAGCUGUAUCAGUUUGCCGGGUGUUCGCGGAGCAGAGUAGCCGAAAUUAGUUCCAGAUCGUCGACGACCAUGUACCGCUGCCCAUGUUCGAGAGACAAAAUGUCUGCCGUUCGCACACGUGCGUACGGUAAUAUGAACGGCGGCCAAAAAGGGGAAACACUUUCUUUAACAAGCAAUUUGAGCUUAGCAGCCAGCGGUGGUCAUUGAUUAAAUGAUGCUAACCCAGAGAUCACACUGAUGGGGUUCGGUACACGAACGGGACAGCCGAACAAAGGGAAUGAAAAAGGGUAUAACAACAUUCACUCUGCUACAAUAGUAUUCAUAUCUUACCUCUCUGUUCAAAUGACCACAAAACACAAAUCACAAGAACUACAUUGCUUGUGCUGUGUGAGUCACAUGCAGGGAUAGAUUUUCUGCAAAGAGCUCUCUAGUUUCUAGCCCAGUCUUAUAUGGAUUUAGUGAUGUCAAACUUACUAGUGAUAGAUGUAUUUGGUAAUUGUGAAGUGCAUAGUGUUAGGUUCAGUGGGUCCUGGUGAAGUGGAUAGUGAUUAGUUCAGUGGGCCCUGGUGAAGUGGAUAGUGAUAGGUUAAUUUGGUCCACUGGGUUCAUUGGUUCUUAGUGAAGAGCAUAGUGAUAGGUUCAGUGGGUCCUGAUGAAGUGGAUAGUGAUUAGUUCAGUUGGUUCUGGUGAAGUGGAUAAUGAUAGGUUAAUUGGUGACGUGUAUCUUCUUGAAGUGGGUAGUGAUUAGUUUAGUUUGUCUUGGUGAAGUAGUUAGUGAUAGGUUAAUUGGGUCCUAGAGAAGUGCAUAGUGAUAGGUUCAGUGUGUCCUGGUGAAAUGCAUGGUGUUAGAUUUAGUGGGUCGUGGUGAAGUGGGUAGUGGAUAGAUAUGUUCAUUGGUGAAGUGCAUAGUGUUAGAUUCAGUGGUUUAUGGUGAAGUGGUACUUGUCUGUUGGUGAAAUGGCUAGUGAUAGGUUCAUUGAGUCCUGGUGAAAGGCUAAGUGACUCCUGGUGAAAUGACUAGUGAGUCAGUGGGUGCGGAUGCAGUAGUUAUUUGUCUAGUAGGAGUUGAUAAAUUAUGUGUAACAGGUACCUACAAUUUUGUGUAUGUGGGCAUUAAUGUGACUGGAUACAGCUUUAGCAAAGUGGAUGUUGUUCUGAGGUUUUUUUUUAAUGGGAUUAUAGAUUUAUACUUUGAGUGAUGUUUUGAUGGCUAAAUUAUUAUUGCUGUGGUGAGAUUGCUUUUCCUACUGCCAUCACAAGGUUGAUGUUUGUGGGUUGUUCUGUGUCUUAGGUGGUACCCUUUAACACGGCUAUUUGUGGAAGACUUGGAUGAUAAUUACAGGAUUGCAUAGUAGGUGCAAUGUGUGAAACAGGCUUGAUGCUUAUGGCAAUGCUCUUGUGGGUACAGUCUAAACAAUUGGCCAUGGUUUAUAUUAUAAAAUAUUGUAUUAAAAAAACGCAGCAUCACCUGCGAAUAAUCACUGACAUUCGUUACUGUCCUUUAGUUUAGCAGAAAUGUCAGAUAUCUUUUGAGCUUGCUUUGAUCCCCCAAAUACCUUGAAAUUCAGACAUAUGAUCCCAUUGCCCUCUGUCCUUUAUUUUUGUAGAAGUGAAUGCAUGUGGCUUACUUUUUCCUUUCUUACAUAACUAAUGUUUGAUUUAAUUUACAUUUAUAAAGAGAUACGUUGCAGAUGCUCUUGCAGGGAUCUCCCCGCGCACGCACAUAUAUAUUUAACUUUGCAUGUUCAGUAAUAGAAUUAAAUAAAGGAAUACUCCAAGCGCCAUAACCACUGAAGUGCCCUGUAGUGAUUAAGUUGCCAGCAGUGCAAUGGAACCCUCCCCAAUAAGUAGACAAACUGUUUGAGAACAGUUAUGGGGUCUUUCGCUGAGCACAUUGAAUUUUAGUGAAUUGAAAACUAAAUUUCAGAUUUAGCCAUGUUGUGAUGAUAGAGAAUUUGGAGAAUUUAACCAAAUCACAAUUUUUUGCCUAAAUAUUGCAAUUUGGUUUUUAAUUGAAUGCAACGCACGGUUUUGUAAAUAAACCACAUACUUUGCUAUUAUGCUCUGAGUUUAUUUUGGUAAUUGAAUUGCUGGACCCAAACGUACACAUGUGCACAAUUUACCAUACAUAUAUGACUGUAAACUGUGGCAAAAAAAAAAAGGAAAUUAGGUCCAAAGCAGGCAAAGAUGAAGAAAAAAAUAUAUAAACUGGAGAAUUUUUCCAACUUUCUUAGCUUAAACUUUGCAGUUGUUAUUUUAUUCAUUAUAAUUCAAUGUAUUGUGAAUAAAUGCUCCUACAGCACAGAAGUGUUAUAUCAUAAUUCUGUUACUAUAUAGGCGUCAUACUUUUGAUCGAUACUGGGGGUUUUUAAACCAUUUUGCUGCUGAUUAAAUUCAAUGGUUUAUUUGCUAGUGCAUUGUGUAAUUUAUACCUAUUGAUUUAUAUUCUGAUAUAUUUUCGAUACAAAUAUUACUUCUGUAUUGUAAGCUUGUUUGUCCUCUUCAGCCUAUUGUCCCUGUAACAGUUUGUAAUUGUCUCAUUUAUUGUUAAGUGUCCUCCUUUGAUAUCAUUGUACAAUGCUGCGGAAUAUGUUGGCGCUGUAUAAAUGACGAUAAUAAUAAGAAACAGAAGUUAUACUUAUGCCAGACCUGAACGGUCAGAGGACUUAAUAAAGACAUCUGGACCAUCCAUCAACAUCAAAAGUUAGCCUUUUGCCAAAUCCGGUGCUUUAAUAUCUGUACUUCUGAGUCAGCAGACAAAGAAAGCUUUAUUUCCAGCUAAGCAAUUACACAAAGAGAGGCUGCAGGCUACUUACAGACCUUCUGUCAUAUGCCAGUAGUUCAUUGUGAGCAUCAUUAAACAAGCUGGCUUGUGGCCAUGGUGCACCCUGCUCUGCCCACUGCACUGGCCUAGCUUGGGACAGUAUUGUUUGUGACAUUUUGGUAGCAAAUUCUUUCCACGUUCACCUGAAAAGCCGAGUUCCAAAUAAGUAGCGACCUAGCCUGGCAGAGUUUGGGACUUGUCGUAGUUAUAGGGACACUCCAAUCUGAUGUAGAUCAUCCCAAUACAUUUUAUAACAAAUGAAUACAAAUAUAAAAUGUAAAAAUAAAAAAGUAUUCUGGCCUCUAAUGUUCCGGUGUUUUGACAAUUUUGUGCAAGGCAGUAGAUACUACAUUCUUCCUUCUUUUAAUUUGCCUAUAGCUUCAUUUGUCGUUUUUUUAAUGAAUUAAAAGGAAUCUAUAGCGUUAACAACACAAAGUUGUAUUCCUAACACUAUAGUGCCGUGACUCCCCUACACCCUUGUGCCUAUCCCCUGGAGGCACAUAAAGGGUUAAAGCCCCCCCCCCCCUUUUUACUCACUCAAUUCCAGUGCCGAUGUCCUUUGGCACUGGGUCAGCACUCCGCCUCCUCCGAAUUUAUCCAAUGGAGCAGACCUAAUGUGCGGCAGGUGCAUUAGGUGCGCCCCAUAGAAAAGCAUGGUAUCAGUGCUCUACUAUGGGGAUUUCACUCAAGCUGCAUGUCGUCAAUAUGGAGAUUUCACUCAAGAUGCAAGUUGUCAUGCAGAUCGUGAGGACGUCCAGCGUUAUUUAAUGGACUCAGAGUCCAAUAAACUCCAAGAAGCACCUCUAGUGGCUGUCUGGUAGUUUCUCAAAAACGGCAGUGUUUUACAUUGCAGCACUAAGGGGGACAGGGACACUACACCCAGACCACUUCAUCUCAAUGAAGUGGUCUGGGUGCCUAUAAUUUUAUUUUCAAGCUGUGUUCAGAAUCCAAGGAAGACUUUUACAGGCGCUUAGCAUUAUACAGAUAAUCAGACAACGUCGGCAGCUGUACUGUUGCAGUAAAAGAAAAUGCUGCACACUGGAAGGAAGACUGGUAGGCAGAUGUAGAAUUUAUUAUUUGUAAUAAAAACAGAAAAUAUACACACCCCACAGGAUCAACAAAAACAGUUAUUUGUACUUAUAUCACUAUUUUGCACGGAUUUUGCCUGAAGCAUCCAUCCUGCAAUUUGCAGGGAAAAUCCUCUUGAUACGAAACAUACUUCAAAUGAGCUAAUUUGUUUUUCAUUUGCUAUAGAAAGCUUGCUUUGGUGAAAUCUUCUGUAUCGGGAAGAAACCGCUUAAUUUUUAUAAAAUUAUAAUUUAUAAACUUUCUGGAACAUUAUAGCUUUCAACAUUGGUAAGAAUGGGUGACAGGUUAGACUGGUUAUAUGUGAAGUAAAUGUACAUAAAAUCUCAAUUACAGAGCCCCCCUCAGCGGCCUAAAUGUAUCAAUUUAUAACAUUCAAAAUCUCUUUUGUUUACUAAUAUGACUACAUAUUUUCUGUCUACUAUUCUUCCAGGAAAUGAGCUGCCAUUGUGUACCAGUUGUGGACAGCAUAUUUAUGAUGGACGCUAUCUGCAGGCAUUGGCAUCUGAUUGGCACACUGACUGCUUUAGGUAGGUGUAUCUUUUAUAACAAGAAAUCUCAGGAUGGAAAAUAACGAGCAUCAAAGUAUUUAUUUAUUUUUUGUACGGGGGAAUAAGCAUUGAUAAUUUCAAUAAGGAUGCUUGCUCUCGGGCCGUUUGUGCCAAUAAGUUUGCUUGAGUGUGUAAAAUGUCAUGGAGUGUGGUGACACACCAUGACACACAAAUUUAACUAGAUUGUGACAAGGGACAUGUGGCUUUUUGUUUCAGACUGCCACGCUUUUGAUAUGUUAAUGACCUGAACUAAUUCAUCACAUCAAGUGAUGUCACAAGACAGAGUUUAAAUAGACCUGCAUGCAUUCUCUCUCUUACUCCAACUGCAUGUGAUCAAUGAAAGGCCUGGGUGAAUAAUAGUCUUGUUGUAGGUGAUAUCUACGUGGGCUCUGUUUGCUUAUAUGUGGUGGGUUUGAGCCAUUUAAUGUUAUGUUGCUGUGUUUGUGUGGAAAUAAAUAUUUGUUAAAGUUCCCAGGAAUAAAGUUUAAAAGAAUAAAGUUCAUGCUUUAUUUAAAAAAAUUUUUUUUCAACUUUGACCUGAGGGGACUAGGAUAGGCUGGGUUAUUUGAACCAAAAGCAGUGUUUUGAUUGGACUAACGCUUGAAAUCUGUCACCAUCUUUACAUAUUUUUCAAGGACCCCCCAUGGUGACUGCUCCUCUGGGUGUCUAGUAGCUACAGGGGAAAGGUAGUUUAACUUACCCAAACUUGGUCAUCUUGCCGGUCCUCUUCAGCUCUUUGCGUUUCAUCUGUCAGGAGUCUACAUCAGUAUAAUCUCACUCAUGCAGUAGUCCCUACUUUGUCUCAGUAUGUCUUUUGAUUUCAGUGAAAUUCCAACACAGUUAGUGUAAGUAUUUCAUAAAGAUUGUUUUUUGUUUUUGUUUUUACUUUUAAAAUACAAAUUUUUGAGGGGGGAGGGGGUGACAGAGCCUCUUUAGUUCUUUAACAUUCAUUAUAAUAUUUGAUUACAUCUUUUUAUUUUGCAUUAAAGAACUGCAAUGACCUUACAGGUUUAAAAGGACAGGUCUACUACACCCAAAGCACUUCAUUGUGAUUUAUGUGGUCUGGGUGACUUAAAUGUCCUUUAAAGGGGCACUAUAACCACGACAGCCAGUUGUAGUAGUUAUGGUGCCAGCAUGCAUCUAGCUCUCUUUUCCAGUUUUAUGCCGAACUGUUUAACAAAUUACUCAGAUGCGGUGAGCAGGACCAGGAGCAUGCAGACAGUAUAACCACUAAAGCUCACUGUGGUAGUUAAGGUGCUUAGAGUUGCCCUUUAAUUCUAACUUAUCUAAAGUAAAAAGUAAAAAUGUUUUAUGUUUAACUGUUUUGAGCUGUGAGAUUUUAUUUCUAUAAUGAAACACAAUAAAAGGUUAGAAAGCCCAGACUCGCUUGUUUGCUCUAUGAAAUAUCACCAGAAUCCUUGGCCAAGGAUUCAAUUACUGAUGAAUGUAAAGAUGAAAAAGCACUUAGACAAAUGAAAGAGGCUGCAGGUUUUCAAUCUGUAAACAAGUGAAGGUCACAGUUGCCAAAACAUCGUGACCAGCACAGAUUGCAUACAAUCUCACAAUGCAGGUCUGGGUUAUAGCCAGUGGAGAAUUAUGUGUUUUCUCAAGCUUUAUUGUGAAAAUAGUGACAAACGUAACUUUCUCAAGUGAUGUUCUCAGUGAGUUAUGUAAGUUAGUGCUGCUAUCUCUUUUGCUCUCUUAUCUUAUCUUUUCUUGGUUUUUGUGCUUUGAAAAGGAACAGCUAUUUUUCUUAAACAGUAUGGCGGUUGUGUUUUUUUUCUUUUUCAAAGAUAAUGCUGCUGAUAAUGUUGGAAUGAUGCAGGUAUUGUUGAAGGGGCAUUUUAGUAACCAUAACCACUGCAGCUUAUUGAGAGGAAUCUUUGGUGCUUUCUCCUUUUUUUUUUUUCUCUCUCAAACCCACUACCGUUACGUUAUGUAGAAGUGCAAGGUGAAAGUGGAACUUCAUACCUUAUUUUAACCUAUUUUUACAUCAUGUACUACAAUGCAGAAUAGUGUCCUAUGUACUUCCUCUCAGAAACAACAUUUGUUCUGUAGAGCAACUGGGUUUAAACAUAGCAAGUUCUUGUCGUUUAAAUUUUAACGCUUCUAUUUUACGUACUUGUGAUGCCUCAAGGUAUGAUUUAUUUUGGAUAAUGACGCCUUUCUCUGGUUCCAAGGUUUAUCCUUAUUUAUUGGUGUUUCUUCUUAGAAUAUGAUAUAAGAACACUUAUUUAGAACAAAGCAUUUGCUAUAACUGCUUUGCCCAAUGGAUCUUAACAUUUUUUAUGAGAAAUCCACAUAAUGUACAUGGCUUUAGCCUGGUGACCCAUUCCUUAAAUAAAUACCUCCUAAUAUCCAUUGUACUGGCCUAUUCUGGGCAAUUGCCUAGGGCCUUGAGUAUAUGCUGGUUCAAACAAGUGUUUACCCACUAAAAUAACAUGGACCCCACAUGAUGUGGAAUCUCAUGACCCAAUAGUUAAAGUAGCAUGGCCUUGGACUCUUCUCACCCGCUGCGGUGACGUUAGCGAGGUCCACCCCGCUCCUGCUAUGAUGAUCACUGGUUUAACCUGCUUGAGGACACUUCCCUAAGCAGGGCAAGCCUCCUCAGUGACGCUGACACGCCACUCCAUUCAUAUACCCCCUAGCAGCGCCGACUACGGGGUUGCCAUAGAAACCAGUAUGGUGAGUGUCUGCUGAGGAAUUGAAAAACAAAUGGGAGAAUAAACUUAUUUUAAUUAGGUUUUUGUCAGAAUCUAUGCAUUUGCUAGCAAAAUGUAUAGAUGGAAUUAUCUGCUUUUUUUAAAGAGCUAAAAUAGUUUUGGGCACUACAGGUCCCCUUUAAGUGCAACUAACAAAGCUUGUAAUUGUUUAAAUCAAUGCCUUGCAACCCCCAUGCAUGAUUAGCUGAUAACCAGAUGUCAGCAGCUGUGAUAGCAAACAGGUAUCACUUGUAGAGAAUCACAGGCUCUUACUUCAAUGUCAGCCAGCCACAGGGCAUGUCUCUCUAAAAGCCCACCUGUUGGAGUCUUCAUGAGCUUUCUUUUACUUGAGCUCGACUGGAACUCUUGGAGAUAAGACAGCAAAGGAAAAAGGUACAAAACACACACUGUAUGACAUACAUCUUUAAGGAGGGUAGAAAUACAAGGAUGGAGUGCUUCUGCCCAGCAUUUAUACCUUGAAAUAUUCAAAAAACUAUCUCCCUUCUUUCCAGCAUAUGCUAGCAGUUGCCAAUCCCCUUUCCUUGUUGGUCCAGGGGUUUACUUUCAACUCAGUUUGUUAAAGUGCCCUACCUCUUCGUAAAUAUGCAUACCCUGAAGACCAGGAUGGAAUUAUUGGGUAUUCCUACAAAUUUCCAUGUUGAUCAGAAAUCUUACUGAGCUGCUGGUUAACUUACCUGUGCUAAAGUUAGGAGAUCAUGAUAUCGUGGCAUAUCUUGGUAGUUGUAAAAGACAGGGUAGGAUAAUGCUUCUCUAGUGGGACACCCAGUGGGUGUAAGCUAUGGUCGAGGUAUAUUUCUAUCCUAAUGCAUUCACUGGAGUGUUUAUAGUUACUUCCCAUGUACUUUAUAACUAGUUUUGCCUGUUUCUACAUGGACCUGUAGAGAAGAACACAGCCUUUUCUAUAUUUAACGUGUAAUACAUUUGAUGGAACCCUCAGUGGUUACUGUUUAAGGCAAGACAAGACAAAGACAAAUUGCACCUUUUUUGGAUUCCUGAAGCCAAUGUCAUGAAAAUGUUCAAAGCCAUCACUCCAUACCACAUACACAAGGACUUUUGAUGUUUGUUUCCAUGAUGAUGGUGAUUGUUUUGGAAGUUUGUCCCAAUUUCCAAUAAGCAAAAAGUUUGUCCCCUCCCAAAAAAUGACACUUUUAUGUACAGAUUAAAAUUAAUUUGAAUAUCAUUUUUUAGAGAGACAGUAGUAAUAUUUGAACUUACAUUCACUCAGAAUGCAUAUUCAGAGAUAAUGCUAUAAUUAUAAUAUAUAUUUUCUGAUUUUCUUUGAAUAUUCAUACAAUCUGUAAAUAUAUGUAAUAAAAUGUACUUUAUAUUUCUUUAUGAAAAACAUAUUAUAGCAGAUUAGGUGCUUACUUUUGAACGUUACCAUCCGUUUUCAUGGAAAAAUAAGCAAAUAUAUUUUUAUCUACCAUGGUUUUUUUUAACCUCAAAGAGUGUAGUUAUUCAGAGACUAGAAAAUAUGUAUGUGGUUUUAACAAAAAUAGACUAAAAAGUAAAUAAAAUUAAAAACAGAACCAAAACCUGAACCUAAGCGAAAAGGGGAAGUUAUGAAACAAAACGUAAAAACAAAAAAACAACACAGUUGGUUGAUCUAUAAAAAUAGUUGUGUAGUUAGGAUUGGUAGACCAUUAGAUACCGUCAUAUGUUCCUGCUAAUUGCUCAUCUUUUCUAAUUUUAGUUUGGAUAUUCUUUCUUUCUUUCCUUCUCUGGAAAUUACACCAUUGAAUUACACGUUGAAAAUGACCAGUAUAGUGUGUUAACUUUUUUUUUUCAUGUAACGCUUUAUUUUCUUUUAAAGAACCACUAUAGGCACCCAGACCACUUCAGCUCAAUUAAGUGGUCUGGGUGCCAGGUCCCCCUAGUUUCAAACCUGCAGCUGAAAACAUAGCAGUUUCAGAGAAACUGCAAUGUAUCACUGAGGGCUAAUCCAGCCUCUAGUGGCUGUCUCACUGACAACCGCUAGAGGCAUUUCCGUGAGAAAAUCACAGUGAGAAGACGCUGGAUGUCCAUAAGAAAGCAUUGAGUAAUAAUUUCAUAUGGGCGGUUUGAAUGUGCAUGCGGCUCUUGCCGCGCAUGUGCAUUUGGAUCUGAAUUUGGCAGGAGUCUGGCGCUGGAGAAAGGUAAGUGGCUGAAGGGGUUUUAACCCCUUCACCCAGCGGUAGGGGGCCCCUGAGGUUGCGGGGGACCUAAUGACCUUAUAGUGCCAGGAAAACGAGUUUGUUUUUCUGGCACUAUAAUGCUCCUUUAAAUAUUAAUUUAAACAUUCAGCAAAUUAUGUCACAAUCCAGUUCACUAUGCACAGCUAGGGCACACAUCACAAAUGAGAAGGAGUAGAAACAUUGUUUAGAUUCUCUGCUCUCUGUAUGUUUUUUCUAUGCUGACUGCCAGAUGUAAAUGUCAUAAUUUAUAACAAAAACUGACAGGGAGCUAAUAUGGAGGCGCCCAGCUGCAGAAUAAACAGGACUGGAUUUCUACAUUUAAGUUAUAUACAUAUUUGAUAAACUGGAAUAAAUAAACAUAAUAUUAAAAAUCACGGUGAUCAUAAGCUUUUCUUGUUAUUUUGAGUGUCAUUGUAAGUAUUUAUACAGAAAGGUGAAGCCAAACAAAUCAGGAAAACUGUAUUCUGGUUUGAUAAAUUGAGACGACAGUUUAUAUAUAAUUUUGAGAAAAGAGUCGUCCACCGAUUUUGAGUAUCAAAGGAAGAGUAAUAAAAGGCUGUUUGAAUAAACUGAGAAAUGUUAUCACAGUGUGCUGUCUGUAAAAGUGAAACAAGCUGUGUGAAGCUGGUUAUCAUGAUGACUGUAUGGGGGGUGGGGAGGUGGGAUGAUAGUCUGUUCUGGUAAAGCAGCAAUGUGUACAAAACUUCCUGUUCUUCUAUAUUACUAAUGGAAGGGGGAGACUGGAUACAGGACAUAGGCAGAGAGGUCAGACAUCUGUGAGAACAGACUCUGUUAAGAAAUGGAGCAGAAGGAGCUGACAGAAAGAACCCAGUAAGUAGACAAGUACAAGUUUUAAGAUACUUUCUGCCCUAUUACUAGUUUUGGUUAGGCUGCACUCGGAGUGCAGAUGUGUAUUUACUAUGGCUAUGUUAAUAAUACAUGCUUCUUUGUGUUAAUAAAACAGUUUGACUUGUACAAAUAUCCAGCAUGGAAUGUUCCCAUUGUCUCCCAAUGGGAUGUAACAUGGCUGAUAUCAAAUGGUUCAUUUGUAGAUCUGUUUCUUUUAGAUCUCAAAAAAAAGUUUUAAAAAUAAUUACCUAAUUACCUUAAAUAAUUAAUAAUUUGCAUCAUUCAAGCAUGCCAAUUGAUUGAAUUUGUAUGUUGACAUGACCAAUGAUGGUUUCAUUCAUGUUUAACAAAAAAAUAAAUAAGGACUAUGGGUGAGCAUCGGUGCACAGAGUGCUAGGUGGGGAUAGAGAUAUAUAUAUAUAUAUAUAUAUAUAUAUAUAUAUAUAUAUAUAUAUAUAUAAACAUGAUAUCACAGGACUUACAUUAUUAGCUUUUAAAGCUUAGUAGAAGUUCCGCUAAUUGCUACUGCUGCAUUCAUUUAGCCCUUUUCCAUUAAUGAAAUGUAUAUCGGGAGAGAAACUGAAAAGAAAGCGCAUCCUUUUGUCUUCCCAGCUCCAUUCCCGACAUAUCACCAUACGUAAAAUGGACUGCAAUGUAACUCCCACCAAUCCUGGCCAGACUUGGACUUGUAUGUCCUGGUGCUGCCUUAAAGGACCAGUAUAGGCACCCAGACCACUUCAGCUUAAUGAAGUGGUCUGGGUGCCAGGUCCAGCUAGGUUUAACCAUUUUUGCAGUAAACAUAGCAGUUUCAGAGAAACUGCUGUGUUUACCUAUGGGUUAAUCCAGCCUCUAGUGGCUGUCUCAUUGACAGCCGCUAGAGGCGCUUCCCCGCUUCUCACUGUGAUUUUCACAGUGAGAAGACGCCAGCGUCCAUAGGAAAGCAUUGAGAAUGCUUUCCUAUGAGACUGGCUGAAUGCGCGCGCGGCUCUUGCCGCGCAUGCCCAUUCAGCCGAUGACGGAAGAAGAGGGAGGAGAGUCCCAGCGCCGAGGAAGCCCAGCCCUGGAAAAGAGGUAAGGGAUUAACUUCCUCCCCCCUAAGCACCACGGGAGUGGGACCCUGAGGGUGGGGGAAAAUGAGUAUGUUUUCCUGGCAUUAUAGUGGUCCUUUAAGAUUUAAGAAACUUUAACUCCUUUCCCUAACCUUUAAAAUAUUAAUAGUAAUAUAGGUAAGGGUGAAGAAUGUGUUGGGGGAAAAUAAUACCAUCUUCGGGUUCUGGAGACAAUAAUAAACUACUCAACCUCUAGUCUUGGGGGUUAUGAUGAUGUCUCCAGAACCCCUGUAAUAAGUAGUGUGGAAUAAAAUUAUUGGAGUUUAUUGUAAUACCUAUAUUAUUGGACUAAUAGAAAAAGCAAGAGAAUGAGUGAGAUAGUGUGUGCGUGAAUGCAUGUGUGUCUGUGUGUCUAUCUAGAAACCCUCAUCAUUACCUGUUUUAUGUUCAUUAUUAUUAUUUUAUUAUUUAUAGAGCACCAGCAAAUUCCAUAGCGCUGUAGAAUGGGUGGACUAACAGACAUGUAAUAUUAACCAGACUAAUGGACACACAGGAACAGAGGGGUUGAGUACCCUGCUCAAUGAGCUGACAUGCUAGAGGGAGCGGGGUAUUGUGACACAAAGGGUAUAAGUAGGGGUAAUGAAAUAGGUUCCUAGAAAAGUAUUCACUGAGAACCUAUUUUUGACAGUUGCAGGAGAGGAGUCAUGGGGAGGAGGGAAUGAAAACCUACUAACAGUUUAAAUGAUAUGCUAUCCUGUAGAAGUAUGUUUUCAAAUAUUUUUUGAAGGAGUGGAGACUGGGUGAAAGUCUAACGGAGAAGGGAAGGGAGUUCCAUAGAAAAGGUGCAGAAGUUUUGGAGGCGAGAAUCAGAUGUUGGAGUUCAUCUUAGAUAUGUUAAAAACAAUGUUGAAGAGGACACCUAACCCAAACCUAAUAAAUGAAAUGUUUUGGGAUUUUUUAACACUUAUUGUGUUUUUCUUAAUAACAUUAUUAAUGAUAAUUAAUUUUGCACCAUAAGCUUUUGUUCUACGAUAGUAUAGGUACCCGGGCUGCCAUUACAUAUAGCUCAUAAACAACCCGGAGUAGUGCUGGUCAAAUUGGUUGUGCAUAUAUUUACUUGCGCAAGCUUCCUGUGACACCAUUCGUGGUGGUCAACAAAUGCAGAAUACUGAAUUUAGCGUCAUCAUGAAAUCAUGUUUCUCUAUUUAGUUUUCUCCAAAUCUGGCAACUCUCCAUUCAAAUUAAGCCUAAAUUGCAUUAAUGGUGUACUCAAUUAAAAUGGAAUGCCUGUCUCUUUGUCCCAAUCGAGAAGUAAUUCUAAAUGAAUGUAUAAUAGUUACCAUAGAUUUUAUGAUAAUAUUUAUAUACAUAUCCUGUAUAUGCAGUAGCUAAUCUAGCGGUGGAAGAUAGAUUGCAACGUACACACAUAACAUCCAGCUACAUAUUAUUUAUAUGGAUAUAAUAAUACAUCUUGUAGUAUUCGUAUACUAUGUUAGCAUAUGGGUUACAUGGUUUAAAGGAUACAGAAAGAUGAUUCAUAGCAGAAUUUCAUAAUAACUCAGCAACCCUAGGUGUGGCGUGAUUGAUCAUUAUCUCAUGACGUGAAAGAAGACAAAAAGGAAGUGCAUGUAAUAGUGAUAUGUGAUCACUGACCACCACUGACCACCAGUGGAAGUUCUAUGCAAGAUAUUAAAGGGACGCUAUAGUCACCAAAACUACUUCAGUUCAAGGAAGCAGUUUUGGUGAAUACAUCAUGUCCCUGCAGUCUCAAUGCUCAAUUCUUUGCCACUUAGACAGUUUGGUAGUUUCUUUAUAGGAGGAUGUCUAUAAUUAAUGCAUACCUCCCGAGUGACUCUAUUUAGGUGGUACAGUCCCUAUUUUGGGCCCAAAUCCAUCUGUCCUUCUUUUCGAUCUAAAUGUCCCUCUUUUCUAGGUGCUCCAUGGUGUCGGCGUGUGUAUAACAGAGCUCCACAGCAGUAAUUCUUACAGUGCAGUAAUGUGUCUUUAGACUAUGAUAAAUGUGUUUAGAAAUCAGUCUGUGUAAAUAAGAUAACAUUGUUGUUUUAAGUUACAUUUUAGUUGCAUAAUUUGUUAUUAGUAUGUCAUCUAAAAUUUCUGAGAACAGCUCCACCCCUGGCCACACACCUUAAGUUAAGGUGUCCCUCUUGGUCCAUUUGGAAUGUUGGGAGGUGUGUUAACGUAUAUUGUAUAUGUCCUAGAGCGCUGGCUCUUAACCCCUGGAUUGCGACACAUUCCUUUUUGGUGGAUACUCAAUGCUUGAAAACGACAGAAGUUAAUAGGCCCCAGAUUACUGGCCACAAAAAAAAUGUUUAGUGUAGCUGCACUGCCUUCUCAGUGCAAUGGAACCUCUGAAACUGGGAAGAGUCUAAUGAAGGUGUUUUACAUAAAGACUUUGUAUUAAGAUUUAUAUUAUAUUCAAUUAAAGAAUAACAGCAGUUGCUAAAGUUUUUUUCAAGACAGAUACAAUGGGAUAUUUUCCAGACAUUUAAAAUGGUGGCUUGUUUGAUAUCUUCAUAUUUGCAGAGCUUCGUGGGUAAAAGUCUGCUAUACCACUUCCUUUUGAUAAUUUGGGAAGGGAAGUCCUGUCAGUAGACCAAAGAUAGGUGGUGUAGUCUUCUGGACUGAACUAUGACUCAGGUAGAAUUAUGGUUUUCAAGAUAAAUGGUUAUAGAUUUAGCAUGAGUAGUUUUAUGUUCCAGUGACACUACAGGCUGUAGAAAAAACAACAAUCAUUUUUAUUAAAAAAUAAAUAAAAUAAAAAGUAUGUAUGAAACUGUGGAAGAUAAUAGAAGCUGAUCCAAAUAGGUUUAUUCAUGGCUUGCAUUCCCUCAUUUUGGUCUUCAGCCUGAGACGUCAUAUAUCUGGCAAUGCUAGAAGGAAGCCCACCCAGCCAUUCAGAAUUUUAUAUUAAAUACCGGUAUAUAUACACUCAAUAUAUAUAAUAGAUAAUUAAUAAUAAUGUAUCAUUUCAGAAAAAAUAGAAUUUAAAAAAUGACAUAAAACAUUGUCCUGAUCUCUUGUUAGUGUCCCUUUAAAAGUCAGCUAUCUUUUUCUAUCAUAAUGAAAGGAACAAAAUAGCUUUGUGAAUUCUGCAGAAUGUUGUGUUUACUGAGAUGAAUUUCAGACUUGCAUGUAUAUACUGCAUCCCCAUAGCGAUAUAACCAGCAUAACAUUUGCUGCUCAAUCAGUUUUCUUACCAGGGGAUCUAAACUGGAUUAGCUUGAUUAGGAGUGGCUAUUUUCAAUGUAGUAGUAGAGGAAUGGGAAAAGAUGGGAUAGAGCAUGGGAACAUUAAUGUGCCCAGAGACGGAAGUGAAGUCCCCUGAGACACAAUCACAGCCUGUUUGUAUAAGCAGAAUCAAGUCUAGAGUGCUGCCACUUGUGAUUACAGUGCUGACUAUGCAUGCGUGAUUCUAGAUAUGCUUGAAGGGAAAGCUCCAAAGAGAGGUACUGAAAUAAGACAGUACAGGACGAGGAGGGAGGGUAUGAAAGAGGGGGGAUGCUUUAUAUUGUUUUGGUACACUCUUAAUUGUAACAAUUAAAUGGCCUUGACUGUUGUAACUGUCAUCAUUUCUUUCUUUUUUUAUUAAUUCAAAUGUGAUUUACAGAAGUGGAUAUGUUAAUUAAAGGGACACUCCAGUCCCCUAAAGCAGGGCUUGACAAAUUUGCUUGAAAUCUAGGGGCCAGCUAAAAAAGAUAGGACCCAGAUUUUCAACGUAAAAAAAUAUAAUUCUUAAAGGGACACUAUAGUCACCAGAACCACUACAGCUUAAUGUAGUUGUUCUGAAGUCUAUAUACUGUCCCUGCACGCUUUUCAAUGUAAACACUGACCUUUUAGACUAAAGGCAGGGUUUACAUUGCGGUCUGGUAACACCUCUAAUGACAGACACUCAGACGGCCUAUAGAAGUGCUUCCUGGGUCAGUGCUGCACCUACGUUAAUGCUCCUCUUAGGGAUGCAUUGAUUCAAUGCAUCUCUAUGAGAAGUUGAUUGGGCAGCAUGGCAUUUUGCCGCGCAUGCGCAAUUGUCUUCCUAUGUUUUAUAUAGGGAAGAAUUGGAUUGGCUGAGAUCAUCAAGAUUGAUGAUCUCAUCCAUGGAGGUGGGCCUGUUGCGGUGUCACCAGUACAGCGUGGGGAAAAGGGUGAGUAAAAACACCAUUCCCAUGUAAUUGUAGGGGGCAGGUCACCAAAACGCACACACUCACUGACAAACACACACACUGACACACAUCUCUCUGCUCUGUUCCCUAGAGCGCUGUUUAAUGAUGCGGGGCUGGAAUUACGUCAUAUUCCAACUCCCGGCAUCACUGGAGGGUUCGCAAGGGAGCAGUGCAGGGAGAUUACAGCUCCCUUGCUGCCGCCUCCUCCCUCAUUCAGCCUCCCACCUUCCUCCCUAAGCUUUCAAUGAGCCAACCGUCCGCCAGCCUGCCAGAACUGGUGCUUGGGAUUUGUCCAGCCCUGCCCUAAAAGCAGUUCAGCUUCCUCUUUUUUUUUUACAUUUUAUAAAGGUGGAUAUAUCAAUAGAAAUUUUCACUUUUGUAAAAUAACCUUGUUACACUACACCAGUUUUCAGUCAGUCAGCCGGUCCUGUUACUUCCUGGUUGGUUAGCUAAGUGGAGCUAAACUCAAUAGGCACCAAUAAACACCUGCCUUGCAAAAACCUCUCAUUGAGCUGCUUUGGAAAGUCUGUGAUUGGACAGCCAAAGAAACUCUGGGCGGGAUUAUUAGAAGAGGGCUUGCAAAAGCUGCAGACAAGAGAUCUGCUAUAUUUGCAUGCUGUUUUUUGGUAUACCCCCCAAUAACAAAAAAUGCAUAAUGAAACAAAUGCAUGUUUUGAUCGGGGGUAUAUCUGCUAAAGAGUGAUUUAUUGUAUUUGAGCACUAGAGUGUACCUUCAAGGCUGGAGUAACAUUACGCAUUAUGUGCUAUAUUCACACCCACUCAUCUGGUCUUCCUUCUACCUCCCUUUUUCCAUAUUGUAACGAAGAAUUCAAAUACAAGCACAAUACAAUGGUUUAAAAGGGAAUUUGAUAAUGGAAUGCCAAAUCUUAGACUGAAAUACUGGGAACCUGACUGAUACAGAGAAUUGUUAAAAUGUGGCCUAAAACGUUCAAUUAAUUUAUUGAUUAGCCACAGAUCCCACGUACAUGAACACAUUAUAGAUUGUCCCGUUUUACCUAGGGUUUUAUAAAUGUGAGUUUGGAUUUAAAAAAUACAAAAAGCUUGAAUUGAAUAAAUGAAAUUGAUUAAUUAUUUGUAGUUUUCCUUUAAGCUCUUCAAAAUAGCUAAUUUCUCUCAAAGCAAUUUUUCAACUCUGUAAUAUUUUUGUAAAACCUGUAGUUCCCUUCACCGGUUUCUGUAGUUCCAGUUUCAGUAAUUAGAUUGAUUUUGCAGUGCUCCUUUCCACCCCCUACUAAAAACAUUCUGCUGUUUUAUCACAAGGUCACUUCUAGAUCUAAAAUGCUGUCCUGUAUCAAACAAUAUUGAUGUUGUAUAAAGCACUUUUUUCCUGCAGUCAGCAAAAGUCCAGAGAGCUUUUUUCCUUUGGCCCUCUCCUGUUUGCUGCUUCCUAUGUGUGUCUUUGAUCUCCAUGCUGUGGGUUUAACUGACUAUCUGCAGUCCGGCAGCCUUGAGUAAGUUUUCAGAAUGAUGACCUGCUGCGGACCUCUGACUAAGUAUGUGACUCGUUUCACUCACAUGUAGAAUAAUAGAAUACAUUUUAGUUCUGGAUGCUCUGGACCAUUCUGCUUACUCACAGGUUAAAGGACCACUCCAGGCACCCAGACCACUUCAGCUUAAUGAAGUGGUCUGGCUGCCAGGUCCAGCUAGGGUUAACUCAUUUUUUUAAUAAACAUAGCAGUUUCAGAGAAACUGCUAUGUUUAUAAAUGGGUUAAGCCUUCCCCCAAAGCCUCUAGCGGCUGUCUCAUUGACAGCCGCUAGAGGCGCUUGCGUGAUUCUCACUAAGAAAAAUCAGUGAGAGCAUGCAAGCGUCCAUAGGAAAGCAUUGAUAAUGCUUUCCUAUGCGACCGGCUGAAUUGCGCGCGCAGCUCUUGCUGCGCGUGCGCAUUCAGCCAACGGGGAGGAACGGAGGAGGAUCGGAAAAGGAGAGCUCCCCGCCUAGCGCUGGAAAAAGGUAAGUUUUACCACUUUUCCCCUUUCCAGAGCCGGGCGGGAGGGGGUCCCUGAGGACGAGUAUGUUUUCCUGGCACUAUAGUGGUCCUUUAAAGCUUUUGGAAUUGAAUGGAUUAAUCAAAUGAUUCUAUGGCAUUAACACACAUAGUGGUUCAUAAUGGAGAAACUUUGAAGACGUUGUGUGCUCUUCAGCUUUGUGUUUCAUUGAGUGAAACAUAGAACUAAGACAAAUACAUUGUUGUAAGUUAUUUAUCAAAAAAUAAAGAAAGAAAAACAAAAACAAAGCUAAUAGUAUUAUGUGUAUUAUAUACAAAUAAUAAUAGUGUCCCAGUGUUUUGUAAUAACCAUUUUUUAAUUUUAUUUUUGUCUAAUGGGAUUUUGGAACAAUUUUUUAGAUACAUUUUCCUUUACCAGGUCAAAAGCACUUUUAAACAAAAUGACUCAAGUCCCAACUGAGCUGUGUUACAGGGGUUAAAGCAACAACCACAGAAAUAAAGCGCAGGUAUAUUGAAGGUUGUAGAACAAAAGGAAAAUAAUGCACAGACGGGUUAUUCACAACCUGUGAAUUAUUAGUGAAUUUUAGGUCAAAAUAGAUGAUCUGGAAAAUUCUCCAAGUCAGCUAUCUUUUUACGUUCAGCUAUAUUGGCUGAAUAUCCUGAAUGAUCAGGAAUUCCAAGUGAAUUUCAGAUUCUAAUCUGAAAUUCCUGAUAAUUCAUAGUUUAGUAAAAAACACAACCAGACAUAACUCAUCUGGAGAAUAGUAAAUAAUAGUAAAUAAUGUGAUCUUGAGUAGAAGACUGAAGAAUAAAAGUUACUGAAAGAGACGCUAGGUGUGAGCACAUAGUGUUUAUAAAAGAAGGAGAGAUAUAAAUGACGCUAGGUGUGAGCACAUAGUUAGUGGUAGGGUUUAUAAAAGGGGGAGAGAUAUAAAUGACGCUAGGUGUGAGCACAUAGUGUUUAUAAAAGUAAGAGAUAUAAAUAGGACGCUAGGUGUGAGCACAUAGUGUUUAUAAAAGAGGGAGAGAUAUAAAUGACGCUAGGUGUGAGCACAUAGUGUUUAUAAAAGGGGGAGAGAUAUAAAUGACGCUGUGUGUGAGCACAUAGUGUUUAUAAAAGGGGGAGAGAUAUAAAUGACGCUGGGUGUGAGCACAUAGUGUUUAUAAAAGGGGGAGAGAUAUAAAUGACGCUGGGUGUGAGCACAUAGUGUUUAUAAAAGGGGGAGAGAUAUAAAUGACGCUGGGUGUGAGCACAUAGUGUUUAUAAAAGGGGGAGAGAUAUAAAUGACGCUGGGUGUGAGCACAUAGUGUUUAUAAAAGGGGGAGAGAUAUAAAUGACGCUGGGUGUGAGCACAUAGUGUUUAUAAAAGGGGAAGAGAUAUAAAUGACGCUGGGUGUGAGCACAUAGUGUUUAUAAAAGGGGGAGAGAUAUAAAUGACGCUGGGUGUGAGCACAUAGUGUUUAUAAAAGGGGGAGAGAUAUAAAUGACGCUGGGUGUGAGCACAUAGUGUUUAUAAAAGGGGGAGAGAUAUAAAUGACGCUAGGUGUGAGCACAUAGUUCGUGGUAGAGUGUUUAAAAGUAGUAGAGAUAUAAAUGUUGAUAGGUGUGAGCACAUAUGUUCACCAAUUCUGCUGUUAUUGUACAUUCAGAUUGCAUAGAGACGAGAUGAGAUGAAUCUCUAAAUAAUAAUGAGUGUUUUUUACUUUCUGCUUAAUAUUGCCUAAUAAAAGCUAGCCUGACACGUGGAGACAACUCAAGGGAAAUUAUGAAAUCUGUACAGGAAAAUAAUGAACAAACAGUAGAUAGUCCUUGAUUGCCACAUUUGCAAAUGUUUUGCCUAUAAAUCAAAAGGGCACCUUCUUUUCUAUCAGAAAAUAGCCACAUGAAUAUGAAAGUUGGAUUGGCAGUAAAAGGGUUGAAUGUCUAAUUUGCCAACAACAUACAGGGCAUCAAACAUUAAUGAAGCGACCCCAAGGUCAUUGAUGAGGUGGAUGUGGAUGGGGCGCCGGCCCAAAUGUCCAAUUAAUUUGUGCAUUUUAAGAUUGCAGCUGACAGCAAUUGUUACCAGCUGGUCAAACUAUGCCCUGCACCCCCUCCGUGGGAUUUGAAGUGCUGUGUUUACCACGUCGAUACCAACAUUCAGAGAAUUGAGCACAUAGCUCAUGUAUUACAGAAUCCCACAACUAAUACUCUUUUCCAUUAUAAUUCAGUAACGCGGUAUUCUCUAGCAUAAUAUACAGCCCAUGUGUUACAAAAUACCACAACUACUGUGUGUCAAGAUGAAAGAGUGUGUUAGAUUGAUUAUUAGCAUUCAAAGCAUCAGUGUGAGUUAUACUAUCCCCAUGCAAUUAUAUUUUAUUUUACUCCACAUUGGAGUAUUAUAUGUGCACCCUCCUGAGGGCAACAUGUGCUAAGUGAACAGGGAAAAUGUUGGCAGAAGAAUUCUCAGUAGUUGUGGAUGGAAAAAAAGUGACAAGAAUUUUCUGUGAUUACAAGAGGUAAAGAUAGGACGGUCUGUCAUCAUAGGAGCUGACAGUAAAGUUCCACUGAGUGUCAGAUUGUUUUUAACCCUGUUCUGAAAUACAGUACUGCAAUAAAUAUUGUAAAGGUUGAAUAUAAUAAUUAGCCUCCUACCUUAAAUACUUCACUAAACACAAUCACUCAUUUCACAAAAAAAUUAUGUGGACAUGCGCACUGUGCCUUACCCUAGUGCAGGGGUAGGCAGCCUUCGGCACUCCAGAUGUUGUGAACUACAUCUCCCACAGUGGUCUUACAACUAUAAUGCUGGAAAAGCAUCAUGGGAGGUGUAGUCCAAAACAUCUGCAGUGCCGAAGGUUGCGUAUCCCUGCACUAGUGUAUAAAUAAAUUAGGGAUUUAGUAACUCUGCGUUACCGUAGAGUGAUUGCUCAUCUGGCAUAUCUAAUAAGAUGGAAAAGGAUUUGCUGUAAAAAAAUAUCCACAAUAUGGAUCCAAAAUUAGAGUAAAACAUAUGGGGAAUGAACUGCAGCAAUAAUAGCCAACCCCCAUUAUUCUUGCCAUUUAUUAUAAUAAUUAUAGCUCGUCAGAUAUUGAUUUGAAUACAAAAAGAUAAUCCUGCACUCACUCCCAUCACUCCUGGGCGGCAGCAACGACGACAGUACACAUCAGCCCCAACAUAUAGUAAAAACCAAAGGGAAAAAAAAGUUACCUGCGCUCUGUCCUUAAUCCCUAUGUGUAUUUAUACAAAUGGAGGUCAUUUAGUUACUACAAUGGCCAUUGGAGGGAAUGCCUGCCUGCCAACGUCAAGGCAGAACCCCCUAAGUGGGUCCAUCACUGACCCUUCACCUUGCUUCUGGCAAAGAUAUCUCUACUGAGACAGAGAGGGGUAUUUUUUAUAUACACCCCUAUAUGCUUUUUAACCCUUAAUAGGGAACACAUGGGAUGGGCGGCAUCAUGUGUACUGUGGUCGUUGCUGUUUGAGUAUUCAGCACAAUCCACAAAUUGUUGCAAGUCUCUGUCCAGAAUGUCAACCUUUCACACAUAUUAUGUGGUAUAACAGUAGAUAGCAAUAUGCAAGAUCUACACAAAUGUUCCCGUUUUCUCACUUCAAAAAGGAUGAUUUAAAACCCUGAUUGGUACCUGUCUUGUUAAAGAUCCCUUGUUCCUUAACCCCUUAAGGACACAUGACAUGUGUGACAUGUCAUAAUUCCCUUUUAUUCCAGAAGUUUGGUCCUUAAGGGGUUAAAGCCCUGCACCACAUUUUCUCUGAGUUAAUGCAUGGGACAGCUCAUUCACUUCACAACAUGAAUUGAAGGAACACAAGUGUAUCUAUAUUUAACAAUGCAUGCUAGUUAGGCAAGUCCAUUUGCAAAAUAAAAAACAAAAGACAACAAACAAGUAAAUAAAACAUGCAGGCAUUUAUUUAGUUAACUCUUACAUUGCUGUCAGUUUUAUUGAUCAGGAGCUGCAUGACACUCACACCAAAUAUUAUAAGCUUUUUAGAAAAGCAGAUCCCCAGGACAGGAAAUUAAGUCUCACAGGAUUCUGUCCAUCCAAAAAGGGCCAUUUUUAAGUCCUGGAACUUGUCGUAUGCGUUCAGUGUGGCUAUUUCAGCCUUAAAUUUGGAAUUCACUUUGAAUUCCUGGCAAUUCACAUUGUAGUGAGUAAGUAUGUUACUGAUUAACCCUGUGGGUUGAAAACAUAAUUGCAUUACCAGGGCUGAAUUCUAGAAUAAAAUCUGAAAAAUGUUUCCAAAGCAUUACUUUUAGAGAUGGGCGAUAAAGCCGGGAAAUCUUUGAAAUUCUGGUGUUAAAUGAUUUGUUUAAAGUAAAUUUUAAAUAUUCCACGACUGGGAUUAAUCAUUCUAGUGCUUUAUUAGGCCAUCCCUUCAACUAGAUUUGGAGAUGAUGACGCGUAAAUACCAAAAGUAGCCUUUUCUUGUAACAGAUUCUAUGUGAUGUUCUUUUGAGAACACAGUACAGUGUUACACUAUUUCCUCUGCAAGACUCAAGGGGGUUUUGCGUUUAAUUGGCUGCUGUCCUCAGGAGGGUUUGGAAAUGGCAUAUUCAGCCAAUAAUAACCAUUGCUUGACUCUGCUGUACCCACAUGAGGGUAUCCUGGAAACCUGAACUGUUAAACAUCCCUCGGGAUUAGGGCUGAAAUCUCCUGCCAUAUGGGAAGUGGGAGCAACUAAAUAAUGCAUAUAUUACAUGCUCCACAUACUUUCCACGUGUCUUCCAUUAGAUUUUAUAUAUAGCAUGUGUGACUAUGUUGCAAGCACAGACUACACUUUAGCGUUUACAAUUAAUAUAUUUGGUCCCGGUGUGUGAGGAAUUAAAGUUAUGUAUACAAAAUUGGGGGUGAGCAUGGUAACCUGUCUAGGAUGAUUGUCAUUUUAAAAUAUGUAGUGAAAAUACGACCAAAGUGCUGUCCUCCAUAUAAUCUAAAUAUAGUGUCAUAUAUAAAAUAGCAGCAACUGAAAAAAAUCUUUGAAAAGUUAAGGAUCUUUGAUUGACUGAUUAUUUAAUUAGUCACAAUAAUAAAUGAUCAGGCUAUGUUUUUCUUAUUUGUCCUUUCACAGUCAGAUAGCAAUGAUGAAAAAUGAUGCUGUGAUUAAUAGUGACAAAAAUGUACAGGGAAAAUAUCACAUGCAAGAAAUAGUUUGUUAAAAGAACACGUUUUAGUGUGUGUUUAAUGUGAGUUUAGCCAACUUGCUAACAUAGCUUUACUUUAUGCUUAUAUUAGUACAUUGGGGUUGCCGUGUUAGUUCAUGUAAUUCAAAUGCCAAAAUAAGAAGGGUGUUGCAAUAUGCGGUCAUACUUAUUUUUUUUAACAGACUGACAAUAACGCAUUUCCUUGUUUCCUUGUUUUAAGCUCUUCGUUAAGAUACACACACAUUCAUAUACACACAGUUAAUACUCCCAUAUAGCAAAAAUAGAGAUGCACAUUCAAUUUUAAAUGAUUACAUGGAAAAUAUACACACGAUUAGUACAAAGAAACUCCCAUUAUCUGAUCUGUGAAAAUGCACAGAUAAUUAGUACAAAGUUACACGCUCAUUAUCUGAUGUGCGACAUGCAGGUAGGCUGUCUCACAUAAAGCUGAUGUUAGUUUUUUGUCUUCUAAACUUGUUUGCAUGCAUCUACACUUUGCACUUAUUCGUUAUCAGUGAACUGUUGUGAAUUGAUGUGUAAAAUAGGUAUUUUCCAAACCCACCAUUUUGCACUAAAUUGUGUCAUUUGCUUUGUCGAUGCAUCACAAUUCGCUGUUUAGUAAACUAUCUUAAAAUUAUCACUUGUCUUUACAAAUGUCCUAUGCAUAACAUUACGACACAGUGUAUUCCGGUUUUUGGCAACAAAUUAAUUUAAAACAAAACACAGGCUAAAACACUUUCACUAUAUCGAUUAGCUUAUUGUAAAUAGUUUCUAUAUUACUUUGUGUAAUAAUAUAAGUUUAAUAAAAUAGUUUUAUGUCCUAUAUGUCUUUUUCCUUUUUUUUUUUUUUUAAAAGAAAUCCCUUUUUAUUUUCUGAAUGUUCUGACACAUUUAGCAAAUCAUUUAGCUCCAGACCUCUUCCUGUCUAAGUUUAUAUAUAUAUAUAUAUGUGUGUGUGUAUAGAUAUAGAUAGUUCACUGUACACAUACAGCCCAUGGUGUAAAUGCAGCCCACUGCUGCAGGCUGCGGUAUUGCCAGGGUUUCCAGGGUUACUCAUGGUUGGCCUCUUGUGUCUCUGCAGGAACCAGGACAAUAGGAUAACUGAAUUGUCCUUUAAAGAGACAGUGCAUCUUAUUUGUAUAUUAACUCUUUAUGAGCAUUCCGGCAUGAAUUGCUAUAAAUAGAAUACUUACUCAUGUACAACACUAAGUAUUUUAUUGUUUUUAUGUUCAUAAUUUUGUUGUGUUUUAUUUUUUACUUUUUGAUUAUAUUUUUUUAAUUGAUACAUAGAAAGCUCAAAACCCCAAGGGAUGUAUGUAAACUACAUAAUGUUGGGUUAAUUCAUCCAGUAAACUCCUGACAUAGAAUGGAUUUUCUUUAUUAAAGAUGACCCACUGUAAUUAACUCUUUCCUUGCUGGAACCCAUCUCUGGAUCAUAGAUUUGUGUCAUACUGAGGUAAAACAAUUGUGCUUCCAUACUUAUUUUUUAUUCAAACUCCGGUGUUUUUUUGUUGUUUUUUUUUUUUAAUCCAAGCAGGGAAAUUUCCUGAAAAUGUGCAUAUAUUAACCAUUUGAUGUAUACUGCAGAGUUACAUGCAGCAAAGUAUUCAUUAUUUCAAACUAAAGCUUUGAUUUAUUUCCAGCUGAUCACGUUUAUCAACAGUUUACAGCUCCCGAUAAGCCAUUUAAUGGUUCAGAUCAGUUUAAUUCCGGCCAUUACAGACUUAUUGUUAGCCUAUACAUAUUUGUUCAUAUUUCAAAACUGAAGCCUAAAUUUCUUAUUGAAAAUAUCUGCUUCUGCGACUUAAUUCCAUUUACGGGGCGCAUAACAUUUCAAAAAUUGCCUCUUCAAAUUUGACAACUAAAAGAUGUCAAUAAAUACUUUUUUGCACUACCAGCCAGCAGGCAAAUAGUAAAAAAAUGCCUUUGGGGAUUUAACACCGCUGGUAGGGGUAUGUCUACUAAAUAGUAGUAAAAAAAACAGACUGGCAACAGGGCAGAUAUUGAUGCCCAAUUGAUAGUUAUGUACCCCAUGGGCCCUGUCAGAAUUGGGUUAGAGCUAUUAAUUAAAAUACAUGGAGGUGGUGAUAGCAGGUGGGGGUUAUAGGAAAAUAUAAAAGAGGGUGGACAUGCCAUUGUCCACCCCACCCCCCAGAUUGUGGCAACAUUAAACCCCCUUGGUGGUUAAGCAUCCCCAAGCCCCUAGCCAGCCACUCAAAAACAAUAAAAGUAAGCAGCCUACACCAUCACCCUAAUUACAGAGGGGAGGACAUCAGAUGUCUUCUUUCUUCUUCAAUCUUCUCGUCUUCAGCUCCCAAAAAGGGUCUAAUAAAAAUCCAUUAAUUCUACUUUAAAAGACCUUUGGAGCACUAUAACAACAUCAUUAGAAUUAACUUGUUAAAGGAACAUAAUAGUGACAUAAAUACACACAUGUAUUUAGGCCCCGGACCCGUCUGUCAGCAAAGUAAAAAGGUGCCAUACUCACCUGCCCUGCUCUGCCUCCUUGGUUGAAAUCAUCAAAGUUGACAAUCUCAGCCAAUCCAAUGCUUUCCCAUAGAGAAGCAUUGGGAGGCUAUUGCGCAUGCGUGGCAAAUCGCAGCACUGCACCCAUCAGAAUCUCCUCAUAGAGUUAAAUUGAAUAAAUCCGUCUCUAUGAGGAAUGUUACAGAGCGUGGAUACGCUGGACGUCAGUCCUGCUUGCAAUGCAGUACUGACCCAGGAAGCAUCUCAGGUGGCCGUCUGAAGGAGUGGCUAUUAGAGGCAUUACCUGGGAGCAAUGUCAACUCUACCUUUUCUCUGAACAAAGCCUGCAAGGACAGGGUAUACUCAACAAAACAACUACAUUAAGCUGUAGUAGUUCUGGUGACUAUAGUUUCUCUUAAAGGUACCAUGAGAACCCUGGCACCGUUUUACGUAUUAGCAAACAGUUUAACCACAAAGUGUUGAAUCCAGUGCUAAUUUGCUCUGAUGCUCUCCUUCUGCUUUUUUCUGAGGCUUGAACCGGUUAGCAGGCUAGGGAAAUAAGAAACUAAUUGCACUCUGAAUAUUGCCAUUUCUUUGAUUUAAGUGGUGUCUAAGAGUAAUAGUGCUUAUUAAGAUAAUGGCUUUAACAACUACCAUUGCAACAUUGUAUAAAAAAAAAAAUCAUUAACAUACAAUCAACAUGGCAGUCCUGAUUUUUCACACCUGUCCAGUUGUCCUGUUGCUGAAGACAUUAAUGAAAAGUCUCCUUAAAAGUACAGGAAUAGCACAUCUUGCUUGCAGCUGCAGUGCCCUGCUUAUCUACCUGGGCUGCAUUUACAAUGUGAUAGCAUGCCCUAUGUUUGCUUCACUGCAGUGCUAACACUCCCAGCCACCCCUAUCCAACUCUUCAUACUUCUUUUGUGUCGAGUGUAUACUUCACAAUGCUCUCUAAAUGAUGUAAUGUUAUAAAGAGAUGUGCUCCUCACACACAAAAUGUAUAAUUUUUUUUUUUUUAAAUAUGCAGUUUUGAUUAUUUUGCACAAAAAUGUGCAUCCAAGCAUAUCUGCAGAUAGGAUACUAUUUUCAAUGUGAGUCUCCUCCUCAGAUAAAAUUAUUAAUUGAUUCCAUUGUAUCAUGCAUCUUUCACACAUUCCUUGCAUGACUGUUAGAUGCUAAUUGUCUUGCAUGUUUGUAGAAGCAGUUAUUUUGAUAUAUUAUUUCCUCACAACCCCAGUUUUAGCAAUGCAGAGUAUCUUCCUGUUGUGGUGUAGGGGCUUGAGUUCACUGUAACUGCAACAUACAUAAAUCUAUAUGACGCUCACGUACACAACCUACGUAUGCUCAUUUCAGUAAACAAACAGCAUCAGUAGGAGGACUGAGUAGGGUGAGACUGGACGCUGACAGACUGACUGUAGGAGAGUGCAAAUUAAUCUUACUUGUCAAAUCAUGAUGGGUUCUGAGCGAAUGGAAGCAUUUAUGCAGCUGUGGCCAAAAACUCUCAUCAUGGCCAGUAAGCCAGUGGUGAAAUAUCUAGCUACAUCAUGUAUUGAUAAAUGGUAUCUGUAUGGGUGCUCAAAAUGUCGGCCAUCCUUUAACCCUUUAAGGACACAUGACAUGUGUGACGUCAUGAUUCCCUUUAAUUCCAGAAGUUUGGUCCUUAAGGGGUUAAAGGGAAUCUAUAUUCACCAGAACAACUACAGCUUAAUAUAGUUGUUCUGGUGAGUAUAAUAGCUCCCUCCAGGCAUUUUUUUGCAAAUACUGCCUUCAGAGAAAAGGCAGUGUUUACAUUGCCCCUAGGGACACCUCCAAGUGGCCACUCCUCAGAUGGCCACUGGAGGUGCUUCCUGGCUCAGUGCUGCACAGUAAGCAGCCCUGCCGUUCAGCGUCCCCACGCUCUGCAUGGGGACGCUGAAUUUUCCUCAUAGAGAUGCAUUGAUUCAAUGCAUCUCUAUGAGGAGAUGCGGAUUGGCCCUUGCCAAUUUUACCCAAUCCAAUACUUUCCCAUGGCACCUCGGUAAUGUCCGUACAUUCAUAAGAAAGAAGAGUGCAUGUGGCCAGGUCAUGAUGUCAUUUUUAUUGUUAUUGCUACAGUAUGGGUUGCUUAGGGUUAGGGAGGGGUUAGUUGGAGUCUGCACUCGAUUGGCUGUGGAUUAUAACACCCAUCAAUGGCCAUAUGACAGCUCUCCGGCCUCCAUGUAAGUAGAGUCAGUAGUUUAUAUCAUGGUUCCAGAUUUUAACACCAUUUAUGCUUUGCUAAUUUUGUUACCUUCAGCUGUAGCCAGAAUAUAAUCAUACCUAUGUUGACAUAGCCACUUGCAGUUAGAGCAUUCCCCCCACCUAUUAUACAAUCCAGCCCUGAAGUUACACAGCUACAUAACUGCCUAGUAAUAAAGUCCAUGAAGUUGAAUUUUUUACUCAACUCUGUGUCUGCCGGUGAUCUGAAAGAAUUUGUGUUUGAAGCAAUUUCCAGUUGUGCCUCAAAAAAUAGGAAAACAAAAUGUGUUCUUCCCUCCAAAUUGGUGGUAAGAUUUCUCCUUGGGGAUCAGGAAGCUUGAACCAGCCUUAUUAUCUACAGGUCUCCAAACCAUCCCGAUAUCGGCAGGAUAGUCCUCAUUUUCACAUCCUGUACCACCGACCUGACUUAGUUAUCCUGCUAUUGGGGACACCAUGGAAAUAUUCCUAACAUACAUAGCGUAAGAUAUCAUUAGACAUGCUCGGGCUAUGUUCAUCGCACUGGGGCCCUAUAUAUAGCACAAAAACUGUACUCCCUUAAUGGUUUGCCCUCUAUGGGCUGGCUUUACAUGACUGGCAGGCAGCCUGAUGUGCAUUCAUGCCAGGAGGUCCUGCCACUAAUUUGGGAGGGCCCGCCCCUUUCUUAUUGAAUAACAGAGUUAGACUCGGUUAGUCAAUCAGAUGAUUCUCAUAGAGUGCUUUUGAUGGGGGCAAGUUGUGUCUCCUACAGGGAAGCACUGGAUUGGCUGAAAUCAUCAAGAUUGGCGUGGGGCGCUAACGGCAAGAUCAGUACACUGUGGGAUAUCAGGUAAGUAAAACGUUCCUCUUAAUCCCUCACAGGGGGGCGGAUACCUAAAUAGGUAGAGUAACACUAUGUUGUUAGCAAUACAUGUUUGUAUUUCUAACUCUAUAGUGUUCCUUUAAUUUAUUAUUAUUAUUAUUAUUAUUAUUACUAUAGUGUUCCUUUUAGAAGGAUACCUUUACAUUAUUAAAUAAUUUUAGUAAAUAGCCCUAUUAGAGUGCACAAAUGAGCUGAGAUAUAUGUAAGCUUAUGUGCAGAGUAAUCAAGAAGAUUGUUUUCCUUCAAUAUUUUCUCUCAGCUGGUAUAACAUCAAUUACAAUGUAAGUAGCACAAAUUUCCAGUAAUAUAAAUCAUUUUUACUCCCAUCAAGAGGAAAAACCAAUACUUGCGACAAAAAUCAAUGCGACAUGCAAAGACUAUUUUUCCUGACUCAUUUCGAAUUUAUUUUAUGGGAUGAAUAUAUGUAGCAUGUCUACUGUUCAUACGAGAAAAAUAGAUCAGUUACACUUCUUCGCUAUAGGAUGCUCAGGGUUGGGAUACUGACGGAGGUGUAAAUACAUAGAGAAUAAUUGGAAGAAAUGGUCAUGCUUAUCAAUUCUUCCAAUUUUUCUUAAAAAUAUUUACAACAUUCUUCUGUGACUGCUCCAAUGAGCUGAAACUUGCAUGAGAUUCUUCCAAGUACAUACAAUACUACACUCUUUAUAGCUCAUCGUAUCCAGAAAAUCCAAGAGAAAGUACAGUUAUCAGUGUGUAUGCAUUUUUCCACGAGAUUAGGUUUCAGGCAAAUAUGGGGCACCAAGGAUGGCUGAUCUAGGACAUGUGUAGCCAACUGGUUGUUUAUUGACAUUUGUUUCUACAGAUUCCAGGACUCUUAACCAGAUUAUUCUCUGCCCAGUGCUUGCUCAGUAUAAUAAGAUUUAUGGUUUUGGAACAGGUGGAACACAAUGUUUUAGCAAGGCUGCCAGCAGAUAUCUCAGGUACCCCUACUAACCCAGUUUGCCAACCCCCCUCCAGCAAACACUCUCAGACAGAUACAAACUUAAAGAAACACAUGUAUACAUACACUCUGCUUCCCACACACAGAUAUACAUUCCCAGAUACACAGAAACACACAUUUGCAGACACAAAUUCACACGCAAAUACACAAUACUAGAAACACACAAAGAUUUACACACAUAUAUACAAUGCUAAACACACACAUUGACAGAUAAACACUGUUACACACAGAUGCACAAAAUGACAUACACAAAUGCACACUCAUUGCCACACACACAUGCAUACACUGCCACGCACAUACAGAAAGUUAAAUACACUUUUGCCAGCCUUCUACUGUCGCACCUUUUUGGUGGUUUCUUUGAGGUCUAGUGAGGUGUGAGCUAAACAGGAUCUUGGCUUUUGUCUCUCCUGCACGGUAUCACAUGUGUGCUGGUAAUUGACAAUACAAGGCUAUUCCAGUCUGGUUGGAGGACCUCUCUACUGCAACUGAUAAGUCUCGUCUAGUGUGAGAUAUUUCUACCUCCCAAACUGGAGCACAUUGGGGGUAGUGUAGGAACAUUAUCACAUUAAUUUUCAUUUUUGUGCCAGUUUCUUAUAUAUAAAAUUGUUACUCCAUAUUUAUACCACCUGCCACUUUUUUUGCCAUAUAUAUAUUUUUUGUGAUCGAUUACAUGAACAAAGUACUGUAAGGAGGAGGGGGGCUUUUUUAUUAGCAUCAGUUUUAAAUUCUUUAACAGAGUUUAAUUAUUAAAUUGGGAUAUCCUGUUUUUGCUCAGACCGGAAAUAUAGUCUUAAGAAAACCCUAAAAAAAAUCAGUUUAAAAAUAACCUGUUUGGUUUUCACAGAAGCUUUAGGUUAUUUUUAGCUGUUCAGCUAGAAUUCCGAAAACACAGUAGGUACAUUUCCUGUAACAAGUCAUUUUCCCACUGAACAGGGCCUGUCUGUAUCAGUCUUACACUGUGCUACAGUCACUCAACAGUUUAAUCACUAACCACAAAAUCGCACUGGAUUGAUAACUGGAUUGCAAAAUAUAGGCAAAAAUUGCUGAUUUCAUAAAAAAACUUAUCCACCAGAUUGUAAUUUGGUUUUUAAUUCACUGUAAUUUUGAGUUCAAUGAAUUAUCAUGUGUGACAUAUCUUAAACAUAAUUAACUAAACUGUGAAAUGUCAGUAAUUGACAACCAAAUACAGUGGGACCUCGGUUUACAAACACCUCGGUUAACAUAAUUUACGGUUUACAAAUGAAAAUCCAUUGAAAAUAAUGACUCGUUUACAAUUUUAUUUCGCAAUAUAAAGCAAGUUUUCCCAGGAUGCAUUGCACCUGGGAGGUUUAUAGCACCGCCCCCUGCAUGCUGCAGCCUGUGGGUAGCACGUGGCAUCGAGUGUGGAGGUGUUGGAGCGGCUUUUGCAUUGAGUUUUGGAGCCAUUCUGGAAAUUGUUUGCAGUUGUUUUGGGACUUUUUGGUGCAUUUCUCAAGCUGUGGAAAAGUAGGGAGCUGAGCUUCGUCGUUUGCAUACCUUUUAUUGUGUGUUCUGCAUUGUGGGUUGGUUUCCAUGCCAGCUCAUUUUGACUUUUUUCUGACCUCCAGAACGGAUUAAUUGGUUUUCAAUGCAUUCCUUUGGGAAACUGUGUUUCGGUUUACAAAUUUUUCGCAAUAAGAAAUGUCCCGGAGAACGCAUUAAAUUCGUAAACCGAGGUCCCACUUUAUUUAGGCAAAAUUAGCUGCUUUAGAAAAAUUUUUUUUGUUUAAUUACCAAAAGUUAAAGGGAAACUAUAGUGCUAGGUAAAGAAAAUAGUUUUCCUGGCACUAUAGUGACCUACAAUGCCCCUUUCCCUUGAGCUCCCCUUUACCCCCCGUGGGCUUAAAAACCCUUCUGUCACUUACCUUAUUCCAGUGCAGAUGUCCCUCAGAAUUAGUUCAGGCUCAACCUUCGCUGAUUCUCGCUGGCGGGGGGACCUAAUGCGCAUGUGUGGCAAGUGUUGCACUCACAUUAGGACUACCCCAUAGGAAAGCACUGCUCAAUGCUUUCCUAUGAGGUUUUAAAUGACGCUGGAUGUCCUCAUGCAGAGUGUGAGGACAUCCAGCAUCAUUUAGGUGACCAAAAGUUUCCUAACCACCAGUAAGUGCCUCUUGUGGCUGUCUGGUAGGCAGCCACUAGAAGUGGAGUUAACCCUCAAAGGUAAUUAUUGCAGUUUAUCAAUAACUGUAAUAAUUAGAACUACAGAGUUAAACUGACAGGGUCACUGCAUUCAGACCACUUCAAUGAGCUGAAGUGGUCUGGGUGCCUAUAGUGUCCCUUUAAUCACUUUAAUUAAUAAAUAUGAUUGUUUAGGAGAGAUACUCUUAUCAAUGGCGCUUAUUGACUAAAUAGUAAUUUUUAGGAAGUUGGAAUCAAAAAGGAAAACUGAUACCAAAACAGCCAAGCUGUGCAUACAGUUGGGUUGGAGAAUUUUUUCCAAAUGUGUCCUUUUUGCAUACUUUUUCAAGUCUGUUUACAAUAGUUUGUUUAGUGACCACUAUGUGACAUUAUUAGCACUGUAAAAGAUAUUAAAAGGAUACUGAAGGCACCAUAACCACUACACAGCGCUCUCGGCCAAUUAAUAAUGCCUCUACUUGGUAUGAGUAGGUAUGAUAAUGUCAUACCUCUGAACAUUGGAGGGUAUGCAAUAGGGAUGGGGGAGCGGUCCUAAAGGGUUAUACAAAUGAUGCCACUUGCAACCCUGGUGAUAGAGUCCUGUCUGAAAAGGGGGCUGGCUGCCCCAUCAGUGAUAUGUCAGUCUGAUAGAACUGGAGGGUGGCAUGUAAUAUGUAAAUGUGUGCUUGUGCUUUACCAUACCAGCUCAGACUCGAAGGCUGGCGGGCGCCUGAUGGAGACCAGUAAGUGGCUAGUGUCAAACGGUUUGACAACUUGCCAUUGGGCUGUGCCAGGAUACUGUGUAGUGUAGUGGUUUUGAUGCUUACGGUGUCCCUUUAUUAAAAUAUAUAAACAUGUUUAAUCUAAAAAAUAGAGGGAACGUAGACAGGGACACCUGUAGGGAAAAUAAGAAGGAAAAGUGGAAAAAAGCAGGCAGAAAAAAGGGACAUAUUUUAACCAAUUAGGGACCAGUGAUGAUAUGUCAUUGUGACAACCCCGUCUUUAACCCCUUAAGGACCAAACUUCUGGAAUAAAAGGGAAUCAUGACAUGUCACACAUGUCAUGUGUCCUUAAGGGGUUAAAGGACAUGUAUUCCUGACCCUAGAGUGCUAAACCCAUCAUUUAGGUGGCUUGCCCCCGUCCCCUUGGCCCCUUAAAAGUUAAUAAAACUCACAUUAUUUCCAUGGCAUUAUUUCUAGCGCAGGCCCUGCCCCCUUGGUGACAUCUUUAGAAUUGCCAAUUUUUAGCCAAUCCAAUGCUUUCCCAUGGGGAAAAAAUCGGAAGGGGCUGGGCCAAAUGGUAUGUUGGCCUAUCAGCACCUCCUCAUAGAGAUGCAUUGACUCAAUGCAUCUCUAUGAGGAAAAUUCAGCCUCCCAAUGCAGAGCAUAGGGACCCUGAACGAGUGGCCACUGAGGAGUGGCCACUUGGAGGUGUCCCUAGGGGCAAUGUAAACACUGCCUUUUCUCAGAAAAUGCAGUGUUUGCAUGAAAAUGCCUGAAGGUAGCUAUUAUACUCACCAGAACAACUACAUUAAGCUGUAAUUGUUCUGGUGACUAUAGCAUCCCUUUAAGGAUGCUGUUUCAAGAUAGAGUAUCCCACUAAUGUAAGAAGAGCAGAGACAUAUUGAUAGGAACAGCAGAGCCAUAUAAAGCUGAGGAUUCUUAAUAAAUCGAAUGAUUUUCAAUGAUGUCAUGAGGUCUUUAAGAACCAGAUGUCUGUGUAAUUGCAGCACAGCAAAAUGCAUGUUGUGUUUAAGGGGUUAAAAUUAACCAUUAAUUACAUUGCUUCUUUUGAUAAGAAUAUCUUAAUGUUGGUCUUUAGGAAGGAGACUAUAGUACUGCCAUCUCCGAGAUUAUUUAGCAUGAACACAAAUUAUUCUGUCUGGAACACUGAAAAGCCACUCAUUUUCUGGCAAAGCAUGAUGGGAAUUGUAGUCCUUAAAAGGUAUAAAGAAAAAAAUGCUUUACUUUUUAUCUUUGCAAAACACAGGAUUGUUAGACUUGUCUGUGUACUGUGUGUGAGUUACCUUGGUAACUCCUAUCAUUUAAAGGAACACUCCCAACCCUACAACAACACAAGCUCAUUAAAGUUGUCAUGGUGGCAGGAGUGACCAGGCAACAUCAUACUAUUAGGAGUUAUAUCAUUCUGUGACUAUUUAACUCAGAAGUUGGGGCUCCAGCAUCUAUUCUCUGCCACCCAGUUUAAUUCCUGUCUACACGUACUAUAUGUAUCUAUAUGAGCUGCCAUUGAUCCUCUCAGUCCAUCACAGGCUGCCUGGAUAAGCUAUCCUCAUAUUAUGGAGCUGGGGAGGAGUGAUGUUGGAUGCCACUUCCUAAACUUUGGGGUUAAGCCAUUGCAAAAUGGGUUAACCUCUGAAGGUAAGCUGUUUUGGAGGGAGACAUGCUUGACCUCAUACCAACUUCAAUGACCUGAAUUUGUUACAGGGUGGGAGUGUUCGUUUAAAUCCUAUCUUUAUAUCUGGAUUAGAAUGUUUGCACAUACUCACUGCAGUUCCACUUCUAUACACUAUAAGGAAGUGAGAACAUUUCCAUUCUCUCGGUACCUCACUACAAUCAUACAUGUACCUACAGCUUGCUGAAUGCGUAGACCAGGUUGGUUUCUUAUGAUGUAUUAUUACAUCAUUGGUCCUUAAAGGGACACUAUAGUCGCCAGAACAACUACAGCUUAUUGAAUUUGUUCUGAUGAGUAGAAUCAUUCCCUUCAGGCUCUUUGCAGUAAACGCUGUCUUUUCAGAGAAAAUGCAGUGUUUACAUUACAGCCUAGGGAUACUUCCACUGGUCACUCCUCAUAUGGCAUCUAGAGGUGCUUCCUGGGUGCUGCAAAGUGUGCAGCACUCACCGUCAGUGUCUCCACCGUCUGCAUGGAUUCAUUGAUUCAAUGUAUCUCUAUGAGGAGUUGCUGAUUGGCCAGGACUGUGUUUGGCUUGUGCUGGCUCUGUCCCAAUCUGAUCCUUUGACAAGCUCAGCCAAUCCAAUGCCUUUCUAUGGGAAAGCAUUGUGAUUGGCUGAGAUCACCACUUCUUGUCAAAUACUUUUUAUUGAAAGGUUUUCAUUUUUAACAAUAAUAAUACAUAUAAAUCAAACAAACAAAAAAAAAUAGGGGUACAAAUAUCUGUCCAUUAUAAAGUUGACUAACUAAAAAAUAAAUAGCAUGUGCGCUCCACAAAUAAUUAGAGGAAACAAACGUUCCUAUAAAAGAUAUAUAUACCUUUAAUAAAAAAUACCAGCUAAAACUAUGAAAAAUAAUUACCCUAGAUAUAUAACUCUUAGGUGGGACAUAUAACACAAUAAAUUAACGAUGUAUCCAAUUCUAACAUUGGUUCAUAACAUAUACUUCCCAAAAACUGCAACAGUUUCAAUGAAUACAGAAGCAGCAUGUUACAGUCCAAAGGGAAAGUAAAUGUGAACACAGAGGGGGUUGAGCAACUAAAUGUUGCAAACCUAGGUGAAAAACCCUUUAUAGCAUUGCAUGUAAAUUGUAUAAAAACUGUAGGUAAUGUAAGAUACUGGAUAAAUAGCCCUCUCUAAGAGAAACAAUAUCAAAUAAAUAUACAAAAACAGUAAUAAUAUUUGUAUUGAAAUGUAUAAAAAAAUGUAAUAAAAACGUGCAAAACAAUAUAAAAAAUACAAAAGUUCAAAAGGUAACUGCUGAUAUAACAGAUGUAAAAGUACCUGACCUCAGGGGGGCCCCCCAAAAAAUCAAGGUGACGAUCCAGAUGAUUCAUAGAAUCAUAGAAUAGAAACAGCAGUUCUAAGAUCAAAAAUGUGGUUAUAAAAAACUGCUUGACUUGAUGAAUGGUAGAACACAUAGGAUCUCAAUGAAGGCAGUCACACAGGCAGUAAACCAUAGAUAUACUUAAUGGAUAUCAGCACGCCAGACAAUCAAAAUAAACAGAUAACAGAGAGGAGAAAGGCACUGCGUCUACGUGCGUUUCGUUCUGUUCACAGAACGUUUGUCACCUUUUUUCGGGGUCCCCCUUCAGGUACUUUUUACAUCUGUUAUAUCAGCAGUUACCUUUUGAACUUUUGGAUUUUUUAUAUUUUUUGCACGUUUUUAUUAAUUUUUUUUAUUUUUUUAGUACAAAUAUUAUUGUUGUUUUUGUAUAUUUAUUUGAUUUUUUUUUUUCUCUUAGAGAGGGGUAUUUAUCCAGUAUCUUACAUUACCUACAGUUUUUAUACAAUUUACAUGCAAUGCUACAAAAGGGUCAAGAAUCAAGAGUCAAGAAUCAAGUUAAUGAUUCUGUUGUGUUUGAUGGCAAUCUGAGGUGCAUGUCAUGGCACUUAUUCUCUAAGGUUAAUGUUAAUGUUGAGUUCCCCACUUCUGAUGAUGUCACCAAGCAGGCAGAUUAGGGGCAGAGCCAGCAGCAGCAGACUGGAAUAAAGGUAAUAUUUUUCUAUAUUUAUGGGGCAGGGGGGAUAGGUGGUGUUUUUAACACUAUAGGGUCAUGAAUACAUGUUUAACUUAACUUAAAAUGUUCCUCAGUUAGAGUUCCACAUAGCUAUAUUUGUUAGUGUUAAUUUAAAUAUUAGAAUUAACUAAAUAGCAAUCGUCAUUGCAUAUCAGUAGACAAUACAAUAAUUCCAUAUUUUGAAGUAUGUAAUAUUUGUAAAUGUGAAUGUUUAAUGGUUAAAAAUGUACACUUUCAGUUAUACACUGUAUCAGACAUGAUGCUGUUCACUUAGAAUGUAUUAUUUAUCAGAUCUCUGUAAAAAGAUUAUAUAACUGUAAUAGUUAUGAAUAAUACAUAAAAUGGGAAAUGGGAUGAGAUGAGGCUGUUUUUCUUUUCAUCCUACCUUACUUUAGAAAUGGUGCUUGAGGGCAUAUUCUCAAAGUGCAUCUGUCAUUCCUAAUAUGAUUAACAUAACUUUUUUACACAUUUGGGGUUAUGUAUAAAAUGUGUGGUGUUCACUUUUUAUUUUCUCUGGUUUCUGGCACAUAUUUUGAGUCUAUUUAUUAUGUUAUUUCCACCAAAAUAUUUAUUACUGUGCCUCUACCAACAUUUUAUUUUUCCUAUUACAUUUUGUUUCACAUACACACAUAUAUAUAUAUAUAUAUAUAUAUAUAUAUAUAUAUAUAUAUAUAUAUAUAUACACACACACACACACACACACACACAAAAAGAGUGCAGAGGUGUGCCUUUUCAUUCUGACUAAUGUUUCCACUGAGGUCAGAUAGGUAACUUUUCUGUGACAGGUAAGUAGCUUUUAUGGUUUUUUUGGUGUUGGUUUUUUUAAGCCAAAAAUAUCCUUCAAAUUGCAAGUAUACAUUUAUCUUAGUUCAUGACCGUAAUAAAUGGUAAUGGCCAUCGUAAUCAUCACGAAAAAAAAAAGCAGCAAAAUAUUCGUAAGAGAAAUACAAAGUGUUGGAAAAUACGGGUUAUUUGUGCAUGCUACACAGAAGGUGGAAAAAAGUGAACGUGACACUUUUAAUAUGUAACUCCAAAAGGUUGUUUUUUUGUUUGUUUUUUUGCUGCGCUUUAUUACCAUGUUUAGUGUUGGCAUAGCAAGCUAAGCCAUAAAUGACCUGUAUAACAUAGCACAAUGAAUGGAGCACACAUCAUUUAGGAGACAUUUUCUUCUGCAACAGAACAGACGGGCCUUCUAGGCGCGUGUCAUGAGCCAGCACAAACUUACCUUACUCCCAAGUUUCCCCCUUAAGGGGGGACGGCGAUCUAAAGAUUUCUUUAAUUCUUUUCUGUCCUGAUUUCUUAUAAUUAAGAAAAUAAAACAUAGAUUUACAGCAAUAAAACUGACAGCAAUAUGUGUAAUAAGCCUGGUAAAUUGUGAAGAUAUUGCAGAACUGCAUCAGACUCUAGGAGGAAAGGUGAACGAUCAUGAGUCACUCAAACAAGCUUCCUUUGCAUCACACCAGGAAAGAACCGCAUGGCAGGAUUAAGUUAUUUAUAAUAAUUCAUGGACACUGAUAACCAAGGUCUGUGGGUGUAUAUGCAAGAGCCUUCUCACAAUCAUCGAAAACCAUGAAUUACAUUUUUAAAUCCAAUUCACACCCUAAAAAAUGGAAUUUCAUUUUAUAUGUGAAUUAAUGCCAUCUAGUGACUAAUAUAAAGAACUGCAGUCAAUGCAUUUCUUGAAGAAUUAAAACUUACCUUAUAUAUUUGCCUAAAAUAGUGGGUUUUAAAGAGUGUCUAAAGGACUGACAUUCCAUAAAACAGGCGUAGUUCUAGCAAAGUCCAGGGUGUAAUCGAAAAUGAGGAUAGACAUGUCAUUGGUAUAGGCAUGGUACUUACUUUCAGAUUAACUUGAUUGUAUAGAUUACACAGUAAUAGUGAAGCAUCCAUGUGAUCGCUAGGAAUUCAAAUGUAAUUCUUCCAUGCAGAAGAUACCAGUUUAAGUUUGCUAAAGGGCAAGGAGAGGAAAGUGUGAGAUUAGAUGAUACAAGAUGAUCCGAGCAGAAGCAUUUGUUAUGGUUUAAAAAGGGAUGAUCUGAACAUUAAGAGCAAUUGAUAGGAGGAUGCUCUACUUUCAAAGAGGCAAAUAUGAACUGUAUUUAAACAGGCACACGUAUCUAGUACCAGCUGGGCAUGAUAUUAAAGGACCACUAUAGUGCCAGGAAAUCAUACUCGUUUUCCUGGCACUAUAGUGCCCUGAGGGUGCCCCCACCCUCAGGGUCUGCCUCCCGUCCGGCUCUGGAAGGGGGAAAGGGGUAAAAACUUACCUUUUUCCAGCGCUGGGCGGGGAGCUCUCUUCCUCCGAUCCUCCUCUUCUCCUCCCCGUUGGCUGAAUGCGCAUGCGCGGCAAGAGCUGCGUGCGCAUUCAGCCGGUCACAUAGGAAAGCAUUUACAAUGCUUUCCUAUGGACGCUGGUGUGCUCUCACUGUGAAAAUCACAGUGAGAAGCACGCAAGCGCCUCUAGCGGCUGUCAGUGAGACAGCCGCUAGAGGAAAUAGGGGAAGGCUUAACCCAUUCAUAAACAUAGCAGUUUCUCUGAAACUGCUAUGUUUAUGAAAAAAUGGGUUAACCCUAGCUGGACCUGGCACCCAGACCACUUCAUUAAGCUGAAGUGGUCUGGGUGCCUAGAGUGGUCCUUUAACAAAGUACUGUAAACAAUUAUAUAUGUUUUGGUUUAUGAUGACUUUAAUGCAUCACACAGUUCCUGCAGAUAUUUAAUGUUGCACAACAUUUCUGUUUCACCCAUCCCAAAGGUGCUCUAUUAGAUUAAGAUCUGGGGACUGUGCAGGUCACUUUCAAGUUUAAACGGAGGUCUUUAUUAUGUUUUCUAAAUUAACUCUUGCUCUGAUGUGUGCUUUGUAACAUGGAAUAGAGUUUGGGAUGGGUAGACAGUGGUCAUAAAGAUAUUCAGAAGACAUACCACCCAAAUGCCCUGGAAUUAAUGGGACAUUUUUGGCGUGUUUACUGCUGGCAUUUUCUGGGAACACCAGGGAAACAUUUUUAUUUGAUGAAUUUCAAGGGUACCAUUCAAUGCACUUAUGUUUAGUUUUUUUGCUAACUCAGGGCGUCUCUGCCCAUACAAGGACACUUUAACAGUGUGAUGUGCAUGGGAAACUACAAGGGGGUGGCCAGAGUACCUGGUGAUCUUCAACUUCCUCUCCCUCACAUUGCUGUUUCUCACAACUUCUCCCAAUCGCAGGAUGGUUUUGUUUAUCAUACAGUUCUCUGUAAACACUGGAUUUUAACUCUUAAAUCAGCAUCCAAAAGUAUGUCCACAUGGUGUUUCAACUGGGUCAAGUUGGUAUAGAAAUAAGGGGAGAUUUAUCAAAGUAUUCUGUUCUAAAUAAUGGUGCAAAACUGUAACAGGAUGAGUCACAAAUGCAAUGUGCCUGUUGGUUACACUGGUUUCCAUGGUGAUUGCACCACAUUAAGUACUUUAGCACAGAACACGUUGAUAAAGUUCACCAAUUCUAUUGGUGAGGCCCAGAUAAAGUACUUAGAAUAUUUAUGGAGGAGGUUUUAAAACAUGAACAUAUGUCUAAAGUUCGAUUUUGCUGAAUGGAAAGAAAGGGGUGAAUGUGCAUAUUAUAACGAAGGGAAAACAUUUUUUCAAAAAAAGAACACGUUGAAAGCUCUUCUGAGAACUUUGACCGUUCCGCACACCUUGACUUAGAACGCCAAUUCUCAAGCCAGAUUACGCAAUUCUGUUCCAAUGGGGGUAUCACUAAAAACCAGAACUGUUACUGAUCUCGGGGGUCUCAUUAUAGAUACUAACGCAGCAGCUACAGGCAAGCCUCGCAUUUUGGAAUUAUUGCUUCUUUGAAAAUGUUGUCUUUUAGCUUCCAGCUGUCUCUUUGGCUAUAUCCUAGACCUGUAUGUAACAGAAUAUAGUACUAUCUCGUAGGGGAAUUCACAACUGUGUAAAUGUAUUUUAUAUAGGCAAAUGAAAAUUAUAUAGCUUAGUAUUGAUGGGAGGAAGCUAUAAUUAUGUUCAGAUGUCAAAAAUGUAUGUGUACUGAUAGAAUAUUUUGUGCACUUAGCUCCCAGCAUUUAGCCCCGAUGAAAUAUGUUUCUUCUUGGGGUUGGUGGGUAAUAUUGAACCUUUUAUAUCACAUAAUAAUUUACCAAAAACCAAGUACAUGGUACAUAAAAUAGAUCGGAACAGUACCAAAAUAUUUAUUUUACACAAGUCAAUUUAUUUAUUUUUAUUUGACAAUUUUUAUUGACAAACCACUAAAUUACAACCCAUUGUGUCUCAAUAUGUAUCAGUUUAGCAUGACAAAUCAGAAUGAUACAUACCGGUACACAGAUCAUAUAUUAAUGUGCCUGUGUUCUCGGUGAGACAAACAUUUUUCAUACAUAAGGAACAAAAUUAACAAAAUGAAAGUAACAGGAAAGAAAAAUUUAUUCUGCAUCGUGCGAACUCACAUUAUCCACUGGGUGACCCCCCCGUGACCACUUCCCUCUCUCAGCCCCCAACCCUCACAGUCUAUCCAAGUUUGCCAGUAUGAAAUCGUUUUCUCUCUUUGGGCGUGUGGGAUCAUAUAGGAAAUAGUAUGAUGUGUGUUGCCGGCACUUUAUGUUCCCAUGCUAUAAGAUCCAGCAGAAGUAGCAUGGUUUUUAGGGUGUAGGAGUAUCGUAAUCCCUGCUACUUUGGAUAUGAGAGAUUGAACCUCGUCCCACAUUCCCACCAGGCGUUGGCAUGUCCACCAUAAGUGGAUCAUAAACCCCCCUCGUUCCCCGCAUCUCCAGCAUAGUGGCGGAUACCCAGGGAAUAUGCGCGCCAGUCUAUCCGGGACCAUGUACUAGUGUAGGAUGAUCUUCUUGUGGAGCUCAAGAUGUGAUGCCCAAUGUGAUAUCCCCUUGAGGGCCGUGAAAAUUUAUCUCUACCUUUUUUCGGGAAUGUCCUCCCUCGCAUAUGAGCAGAGUGAGAAGGGUUCAUGUGUACAUAUCGAUAGAUUUUUCCUACCAAGAAGAGCUCCCAAGCACAUCUUUUCAAAGUUUGACAUUGGUCUCCCAGGCCCGUGCUGCUCGUGUUAGAUGCUAGGAGAUGUUGUAUUUGGAUGUGGGCAUAAUAUAGCACUCUAUGUUGUUUAUCAAUUAGUUGUUGGAAGGUGAGUUGGACUCCCUUAUCAUAUAGGUCUAACAGGUAAUGGAUUCCCGCUCACUUCCACUGAGUGAUAUUGAAUUGAGAUAUUAGGUAAAGUAAUGCUGUGAUUGGCAAGGCCCUGGAUAGUUGGAUGGAUCUAGGUGGUUAUCCCUGUAUCUGUCCCAACAGCUUAGCAUAGCCUUAGUUGUUGGUAGUAAUUGUAUAUGUGGUAUGUCUGCUGGUGUUCUCGGUCUCUGUGCCGUGACACAAGUUAAUUUCAAAAGAUAUUUGCUGUGCCUUUAAGACAUGUUGGUGGGACUUUAACUGAUAUAGAUUUAUUGGCAUAUUUCUACUUAUGAUGUGUUUCCUUGUUUUCAAAUUAUGUUCACAUACAUGAUGACUUACACUAUCUUUCGCUAUAUAUUUAUACACUCACACAGACACACACAUGCCAUAUUCCGUUUCAUAUGUUAAAUAAUGCCUGUAAAAGGAACUUCAUCAUCCUGAAAGCUUGCAAUCACCACUCUCAGCUAAUCAAUGCAAGUAUCCCUCUUGCAUAUUUUUUGUGAAUUUUACAUAUGAUUCACACACACAAAUGUAAAUUUCUGUGCUCCUAAAAAUGGUUAUAUGUUUGGCAAAGGAAGGGUCCCUGUAUCUAAAAGUACAAAAGGAACACUCUAACAUUACAAAUACAUGUAUUUAUUUUUACUGUUAGUGUUCUUUUAGUAGAAAUGCAAACACAACAUUUGGGUAAUGAGCAGUUUGGCUAGUGAAUUCUUCUAGUUGGCAAUAAUUGCUAGAUAUGUAGAUGUGUAAUACUACAGUGUGGGUAUUAUGGUAGUAUUAUUAUUUAAUGUCUUCUUCUGUCUAUUCCUUUCAGAUGCAGCGAUUGUGGAUUGUCCCUGUCACAUCGAUACUAUGAGAAGGAUGGGAGACUGUUCUGUAAGAAGCACUAUUGGGCACGGUUUGGGGGUAUGUGCCAUGGGUGUUCCGAGCACAUUACCAAGGGGCUGGUUAUGGUAAGUAUAGGGUAGUAGACAAUGGUGAGACUUACAUACAGAGGGCCCUGGUGCAAGAAUAUGUUUCCUCCUCCUAUUGCAAGGGUGGCCGAAGGUAGAGAUCCCCAUCUGUCAUACGUCUCCGACAAUGCUCUGACAGCUGGAGAUCUUCCAUUUUCUCAUGCUUGCAGGGUUGUAUUUAGCACCGAGCAGUGUUUGUUUGUGUGUUUGAAUGUAGUAUGCUUUUAUAUGGAGCGUUUGUGAAUCUAGGGGUGUGUUUGUUUGCAGUCUUGGCGUUCGAAUGUAAGCAUUAAUUUGUGUGUAGUCUUGGUUUUAAAUGCAGUGGUGUUUUUAUAUAUACUUUUGGUGUUUAAUACAGAGGUGUGUUUGUAUGCAGUGUUGAUGUUUGAAUGCAGGAGUGUGUUUGUAUGUAGUGUUGAUGUUUGAAUGCAGAGGUGUAUUUGUGUGCAGUGUUGGCAUUUGAAUACUGACAUGCAUGCAUAUAUACAUAUAAACUGCCACACACACUGUGAUGCACAUACACACACUGACAUACAAGCAGAUACACAUAUACACACACUGACACACAGAUAUACACACAUUUACACACGGAUACACAUUGAGAUGCACAAACACACAUACUGACAGCGCAGAUACACACUGACACACACACACAUACAAACAUACAGAUACACAUAGACAACACUAACACACAAACAGAUACAUACAUAGCACACAUACAAAUACACACAAGCUAAGCUAGUUGGGAGUUAGGGGCUGGCUCUCCCAGUACACCCUCCCCUCCUUUCUGUCUACUCAUCCUGCUCUGCCAUGCAGCUCCCUGCUCUCUGCUCCCUCUGCAUGUCUCCAUCUAUUUGGGAGGAAAUAACCAGCUGUCACUUCUUCUCAGCCGUCUGCAAUAAGAAAGAGGCCCGGUCACCCUAUUAAAGCACCACAGAGUCCAACCGGACUCCUGCUGGCAAGUGCCCACUGGGUGGCCCUAAGUACAUGGGCCAUUUGGUGGGCCCCCUUCAGUGUGCGGACCCAGGUGCAGGAGCACUGGCUGCACCAGCCAUAGUUCCACCACUGGUAGUAGGUACCUGGCUCAUUAUAAAAUAAUUUUAGUUAAACGUGAAUCUGUCACAUACUUUAUAAUUUGCUAUUUUUACAAAACUAUACAGGUAAAAUAAAUUAUCCUAUUUUCUAGUUACUGAGGGCUAUUUUUGCAUUUUUUUCUUUUUUUGUGUGCAUUGUUCUGUAUGUACAGAUGUGCAUAGAGUCUAUAAAAAUACAUAUCAUGAUCCUAAAGAACCUUACUGUUUUAAAAACAGGGACUUUGCUAGAGGGGUUGACGGGUGGAUCAUCUGUAAUACUGAGAGAGAAAUAACACCUCUAAUUACAUAAUUUGUGAUAGUUCAACUUUAAAGCACCGUAUUUGGAGUUAAUUAUACAGCACGGUGUAGGGUAUUGAUGUGGAUGUCAAUAUAUGUGGUAGGGGCCGUAAUAUUCACCCUUGAGCUGAAGAAACUGGUGUUUUUGCCACCUAGCAAUGUGUCUGCCUAACAAACCAGCUCCUAUAUCUCAAUACAGUAUAAUGCAUGCUUGUUUGAUGGUGGCAAGAUGGGCAUAGAUUAUUUUUGGGACCAGAUUGUAAUAAUGACGUUUAUUAUCAUUGAGUUGAUGUUUGAAAUGCUAUUAGUUUCCUCAACAUUUUAGUGGAGGACAGGUUUUAGAAAUGUUAAGGCCCUAUAACGGUGACUUAUAAAUACAUGGUAUGGAUUUUGUUUCCAAAUUCUUUUUUUUUUUUUGUCUUUUUGUCACAGUGAUGUCUUUUUUUUUUGUCUUUUUUUUAGGUAGCAGGAGAACACAAAUAUCACCCAGAGUGUUUCCUGUGCUCCCGCUGUGCAGCUUUUAUAGGAGAUGGAGAAACGUAUGCUCUGGUGGAGAGGUCCAAGCUGUAUUGGUAAGCAAAAGAUAUAAUAUUUACAUCCCUGACCAAUCCAGGAGGGAUAAGCCAAAUGGCAAAUGAUUUAGGUAAACUAGAAAAAUGGUCAGAAUUGUGGCAACUGACAUUUAAUGUGUAUAAGUGCAAGAUAAUGCAUCUUGGACGUAAAAACCCAAGGGCAGAGUACAGAAUAUUUGAUUGAGUCCUAACCUCAACAUAUGAGGAAAGGGAUUUAGGGGUGAUUAUUUCUGAUGACUUAAAGGUAGGCAGACAAUGUAAUAGAGCAGCAGGAAAUGUUAGCAGAAUGCUUGGUUGUACAGCGAGAGGUAUUAGCAGUAGAAAGAGGGAAGUGCUCAUGCCAUUGUACAGAACACUGGUGAGACCUCACUUGGAGUAUUGUACACAGUACUGGAGACCGUAUCUUCAGAAAGAUAUUGAUACCUUAGAGAGGGUUCAGAGUAGGGCUACUAAACUGGUUCAUGGAUUGCGGGAUAAAACUUACCAGGAAAGGUUAAAGGAUCUUAACAUGUAUAGCUUGGAGGAAAGACGAGACAGGGGGGAUAUGAUAGAAACAUUUAAAUACAUAAAGGGAAUCAACAAAGUAAAGGAGGAGACUAUAUUUAAAAGAAGAAAAACUACCACAACGAGAGGACAUAGUCUUAUAUUAGAGGGACAAAGGUUUAAAAAUAAUAUCAGGAAAUAUUACUUUACUGAGAGGGUAGUGGAUGCAUGGAAUAGCCUUCCAGCUGAAGUGGUAGAGGUUAACACAAAGAAGGAGUUUAAGCAUGCGUGGGAUAGGGAUAAGGCUAGGGACUAAUGAAAGCAUUUAGAAAAUUGGGCAGACUAGAUGGGCCGAAUGGUUCUUAUCUGCCGUCACAUUCUAUGUUUCUAAUGUUACACUGCAUUCCGCACAUUCUAUGUAGGACACAUGUCACCAUCAAUUCACCAGUGCUGUGUCACCUCCCUAUACAGGGAGAACCUUGUAUAUAUAAUCAUUAUAAAUUCUGAUAUGCUAUGCCUUCUAAACCCAUUGCAUUUCACUUCGGUGGCAGCAUUAUAUGGUUUAGAUAUCAUCCAAUACAAUAUGUAUUCAGAUAUAAAGAUCUCUGCACUUCAGAACGUGCAGUUAUUCCGUACACUUCCUUUCCAUGUCCCAGAAGCCCUUCACCAUCGUGAGCAUCUUUUUAAAUAGUAGCAAAAUAAUCUUAGAUGAAAUAAACAUGAAUUGCAGGCUGAAUCGUACACAAUUGAAUUUUACAAGUUGUUUAGUUGUGUGUAACUCUAAAUUGAUUGAUUGUAAAGGCUGACUAAUUUGUAUAUACACAAAAUGAUUUAAUCUCUUGAGGUACCUAAAUUACUUGUGUAACCAAGAUAGCCACAUUUUUUAAAAAGAGAAAAAAUCUCCAAAUCAGCCAUGUUUUCAGUUACGAUAUUUUGACCUAAAAUUUGAAAUCAAUUUGAAAUUCACUUUGAAUUCCCGGCAAGUCACACUUUAGGUUAGGGAAUAAUCCUGCGUGUGACCUAGCCAACGUUUGACCCAUCCCAUGAUUAAGAUAACCAUAGCUGAUAAAAUGUAUCUUCUGGGUUUAUUUUACUUAGAUUGUAUGGAAAUGGCUCUUAGUUUCUUGGAAUGAAUUCCUGUUGUCUACCAGAGCUCUCUGAUUCUUAAGUCCUACAUAACACUCACCCAACAAAAGUAUUCAAAAUUAAUCCUCGUUACGUUCAUUCCAUUUAGGUAAUUAGAGGAGAUUUAAAACAUCUGCAGAGACAGCAGCUGCCAUUAUUAAUCAACAGUACUCGGAGAAGAACGGAAUUCAUCAAUACAAUGAUUCCAAAAGUUAUCAGCAUAUAUUGCAUGAAUGCAGGAUGUUCACCCAGUAAAUAGUCAAUAUUUGCUUUACCUCUUUCUCUUUUCUGUUUCCCUCAGUGGGCCAUGUUAUUACCAGCAUGCCGUGACCCCGUCAAUCGAUUCACCAACGUCACGAACACCCCACACAGUCACCCUGGUUUCUCUCCCUGCUUCAGAUGGCAAACGCGGUCUGUCUGUUUCCAUUACGCCAUCCUGUGCUGAGCACUCUCAUACUGUGCGGGUUCGCGAGUGAGUAUUUCUUCAGAUUAAUAACGCGCAUGGCCUGCACUAAAUUGACAAAUUGACUUGCAAAGCACCAGCAGAUCUAUAGCUAUUAUACUGCAUAUCAACAGUAAUAUAUUCAAAACAUCCAUAGCUGUCUAAUAGCAUUCCGCAAGUGUAAAACUCUCUAGAUAAAAUAACAUGUGGAAAGUGGAAAGGCUUUAAUCUAAAAUAUCUACAUCACACUGACAUAUGGAGCUGCAAAGGUGAAACAUGUCAUAUGAUCUUUAACCCUAUUUUCUACAUCCAGAUGUAUGUGUCCAAAAUAUCUCUUUUACCAGUUUUUAAACAAUGUGGGAAGCAAUAUGAUGGGAAUGAUUAGGUCUGAUCACUUCUCGCCAAGGAAUGGCGAGGAAUGCAAGGCAAUUUUACAGGUUCACGUACACCCUAGCUCUAAAUGCAGGCUUAGCUUAGCUCUUCACAUUCCUGUACUCCAGAAUGAUAAUAUAUCCAUGCAUAUUACAAAAUAAAUUCAAGUGCUUUCAUGAACACUAAUAAAGGCAUAUGAUUUUUACUGUCUCCACCAUCAACAAAACUGAACAUAAUUGAAAUGUAUUGAAAAGUUCUGCAGUGCACAGUGUAAAAUAGAAUUUCAUAGUCUGACAAUGCACUCACCAUAAAAUCCACUAGGUGGCACUCAUAUUCAAAAAUAUAUGUGCACAAUAUAGAUAGCGGAACCAAGAGUCAAAAACAUUUAGCACUUAUCUAUAUUAAAAGCACUUACAUGGGAAAUGUCUGCCACUUUGAGAUUGAUCUAAAAAGAAUGCAAAACUGAAAAAAAUCAUAAAAAUAAGAUGAUUCUUUUUUUUUUUUUUUUUUUAAACCUGUAGAAGGUACUCGUUUUAUCAAAUGCUUUACAAUCAAUGUUUUCAUGAUUAAUCUCCUUUAGAAACUUCUUGUUUGCUGUCUCGUUAUCUACUGCAUGGAUUCUCGUUGCUUUUUUUUUAUUAUUAUUAUAUCAAACAUCGUUUGAUAUAAUUAAUUUCCCCUAUUUUUGAAUUCUCUGUUUUACAAGUUUCUAUGUAAAUCUACCUAAAAUAUCCUGUGCAAGUUGCAGCAACAGAAGAUGUCCGAAAGAUACGUUUCAUGACAAUAUUUCAAAGCUUUUCUUAUUAAAUGUGGGUUUUUUAGUUUAAUUUUACGUAUCUGUUACUGGCAGCCAACCAUGUCUACAUGUUUGCAGUUAUUAAGGAUGGAGUCACCAGUUUGUUGGGUCCAAUAUUUACAUUGUGUUUUGUACACGCCAGGCUCUUAGAAGAAUGGAGGUGUAUAGAGAUGUAAUGUCACAAUACACAAGUCAGUAGAGCUCAGAAUUAUAUAGUAGUUAAUCCAUCUAUCGACACUGUACACUCAACCAUACUACAGCAGAAACACAUAGGGAUACGAUGUUAUAUUCCUGUGGACUGUGUGUAUAUUGCAGUGUAUGCAGAGAAGGAGCAGGGUCAGGGUGCUAAUGUGUGUGCAGACACCCUAGAAGUCAGUGGGACAGUUUUAGCUACAACCGGACCCCUGAAAAUUGCGUAUUAUGUUACUAUGACUUUUACACACCGUGGCACCCAAAUGUCUUGAUUCGUGUAGCAAUUGCUGUGUUUUUGUGACAGCUGUAUUAGCAAGGCCUUCUCUGGUGUUGCAUAUAGGGAUCCUAAAGUAUUUUUAUGCGUUUUAUUUAGUGCUUUUCUUCAGGUGUAUUUUUCUUUUCCCAUGGAUCCACAACUGCUUCUGCAAACACACUUUAACAUGCCCUGUGUAUUUUCUCUAUUAACCCUUUCUUUCCCUUACAGGCUUGAUGCUGACUGUCUGAGUCCAGAUAUCCAUGGCUCCAUCCACGUUGGAGACCGCAUACUGGAGAUUAAUGGCACUCCUAUCCGCAGCGUACCCUUGGAUGAGGUAGUCACAUUGCUUAUCUUUUGCCUGAUUUCUCUUGCCUGUGUUUUGGAUCAAUGCUGACCUCUCUGGUUUUGCUUUUCAGAUCGAUCUCUUGAUACAGGAAACAGGCCGGCUCUUGCAACUGACUAUUGAACAUGACCCUCACGAGGCUUCCAUACUGCCUACCAGCUGCACAGAGACUGCCGUUAGACGACAGAGACCUGUGACGUAAGUAGCCAGCUGACUCUACGGUUUGCCUUUUGCCCAUUUGCUAGGAGAAUGGUCUGUACCACAUGGGAAUAUGAACUUUUAUAAGAAUUGUAGGACUUUCUAAAAAUGUUAUUAGAACAACUUUAAAUGUGAAAUGGGCAUUUAUUAACUAAAUGAACAAAUAAAAAUAUAUAACUCAGUAGCUUUCCUUUUGGUUAUUCCCUGUACUGGUAUCAAAUGAGUUUUUGAUUACCUGUGCCAUUACCUAGAUAACCAUUUACAUAACAAGCUGAUGCUAUCCAUAUAUCAAUUCCUUUUAUGUGUUGAAUUUCCUAAAUUUCCAGUGGUUCCAUUAAUGUGUCAGUAAAUCUUUUAAUUGCUUAUGUUUGACUGUUUAACUUACGCUACAGGCCAAUUUUUUCCCAGAGCUUGUAAAAGCAAGUGGUGAGUGUUGUUGAAAAGUAUCAGAACGAUAAGAUUUUGAUCAAUUCAACAGUUAUCACAGCUCACUGGCAUACGUGAAUAUAUGUUGAUAAAUAUCAAGCAAUACAUUGUCAUCUAUCUGAUCUAACUAUAACUAAACAUUCAUAGUGGCUCAUUUAUCCUCUAAGAGAUAGGGAUCAGGCAUGGUUGGUAAAAAAUAGUAAGGUAAUUUGAUAAAUAUGUUAUGUCUGUGUUUAUGUUCUAACUGCAAAGUUGCUUCCAAAUCAGUACAUCAUGCACAAUGAGAGCGUGCAAUCUGCUGAUUAGAACUAUUCAGUCUGGCAAUUAAAAUCAAAACUUUCACUCUGUCAUUGAAGGGUUAAAAGAGACUAACAUGUAAAUUGCAAAAAAAACUUCUUGCGUCUCAUCUUCCCCAAAUCAAAGGUUUAUUGGUCUUUAUUUGUUUCCAUUAAAUCCUGUUUGAUGAUUUAGAAAUCCAAGCACAUGCUGUGACGUCUGUUGCAUCCAUUCAAAGAAUGAAAAGCUGUUCAAUCAAGAGAAGUGAAUGAAAGUUUCACUUGCAUCAAUGACUUUCAUUCAUGUUUUUCUAAUGAAUGAAAUCACAGUGAAGGCAGCUCACUAUCUACUCUCCCCAUUCAAGAAAAUGGAAUGCCGUGGUAUGGCUGAGAGAGUCCAGGCAGUUUUAAUAUAAGUAAUGGGCAAAAGAGGAAUCUCAGGUGCCAGGGAAAAAGAAGAACAUAAAUAAGGUUAUUUUUCCUUUUCAAUUAUUUCAUAAAGUCAUUUUUUUUAAUUAUGUAUUAAAUAGGUAUUCCUGAAGUCUUCCUUUAAAUGAGUUACAGUGAAAUGAAGAACAAUGUCUGUAAUUAAACAACAUUCACCUGCAGUAUACAUAGACCAGGGUGGCCAAUAGGCAGACCCUAACUACUAUAUUACUACAACACCCCAUGAUACCUUAAAAGCACCCUGUUGUAGGCUUUUGGUAGAUUGUUUUAGGGGAUAGUCUGCUUGUUGUAAAUGUAAACUCAUUUUGUGCAGAACACUGGUAUGAUGGAGUGUGUGCCUGUACUACACAUGUCAGAACUUAGGUAUCAUAUGAUUAAUUAUAUAAUCUUAAUGUUUUUAUAGAUAGUAUUAUUAUUUAUUGCAUCGCUGCUAAUGGGGACAAUAACAUGUAUGUGCUUUGUAAUGGAUUAUGUGCCGUCCUAUAAAAAACAUUGACUAAUUAAUACUUCAGUUUCUUGCUGCACAGUCGUCUCAUUACAAUAACAAUGAGAAGCACAUUACUCACUGUAAAAUGUACUUUGCUGCUCUGUGGAAUGGGGGGCUCAUAAUCAAAGAGAUAAUAUUCCUUAGAUGUACUAUGAAGAUUACGUACCUACAAGAACACAGUGCAGUCCUGGAAAUGUAUUUCAGUGUCUGGAAACCUCAGAAUAUGCCAUUGCAUUAGUCACAUAUCUAACAAUAUAGGAUUCAAAACCUUACUGAUUUUGGACAUACUUUUGAUAGGUGGAAUAUAUACAAUAUUUACCAACUGAUUUUAUAUUGGACAUACUGUACCCUUGGUAUAGAGUUUUCAGAUAUAUCAUUUAUGAGUCUGUCUCCCUUUUUAAUUACUUUGUCCCCUGACCCAUUGGUCAGAAUGUUCCGUAUUACCUCAUGGAAUCUCAAACAUACAAAAUAAUUGAGUGCAUCAAUGUCUGUUAUCAUUGGCCAUUUUUACAUCAUUAUUUAUGAAAUAAAAUGUCUACAUUCCAUAAACCAUAUCAGGGCACUUUAGGCAUGACGUAGCCUAUCUACACUGUGUUUGGAUAUAUCCCCUGGUCUCUGGCCAUUACUUCAAAUACCUCCACAAUACUAAGUAAGCUCCCGAGUUAUCUUGCUUAGUAUAGGAGUACUGUAUCUGCUUAGACUGCAAGCUCACAGGGCAGGGUCCUCUUCUCCUUUUGUAUCUGUACGUGUUUAUUAUUUGUCGGAAUUCCCUCUAGUUUACAACGCUGCAGAAUAUAUUGGCACUAUAUGGAUACCUAAUAGCGAUAUCCAUCAUAAACUCGGGGACCAUUCAAACCCAUCAACAUAUUCCGUUGGACUUGGAGCUUUAGAGUUGGACUAAUCCCUGCAGUGUGGCUGCUUGGAAGUCAUGUGUUCUCUUUUUGAAUAUAAAGAUUUGUUACUGUAGAUACUGCUUAAACUUGACGGCUGCAGGGAAUCCUCCAUAGACCUCAAUGCUGUACUCUCGCACAUGCGCAAGAACACAGCAGUGACAUUGACUCCAAAGAGAACCCACUUGAUCAAGAUUCAGCUAACCUUUACCUGCCCCCCUGGCUCCCGGACCCCAAGCAGCAAUGAAAUUUGUAAAAUUCUGCAAAGCCCCCUGACGGUGACAGUGCCACUUUAAUGUGAACCGUAAGAGGGGUGAGAGGUGAAAGGGGCCUUACUCACUCAAACUUUCAUUCUAGAGGAAGAAUAAUGUCCGUAUAAAAGAUGUGAACUGCAAUGCAUCUAUAAAAUUGGUUGCUGUACAAUAGAAAAAACUAAAUAAACCAGAGACUGAGGUAAAUUAAUGUAGGUGAGACUGGGGUAAAUUAAUGUAGGUGUGACUGAGGUAAAUUAGUGUAGGUGAGACUGGGGUAAAUUAGUGUAGGUGAGACUGGGGUAAAUUAGUGUAGGUGAGACUGGGGUAAAUUAGUGUAGGUGAGACUGAGGUAAAUUAGUGUAGGUGUGACUGAGGUAAAUUAGUGUAGGUGAGACUGAGGUAAAUUAGUGUAGGUGAGACUGAGGUAAAUUAAUGUAGGUGAGACUGAGGUAAAUUAGUGUAGGUGAGACUGGGGUAAAUUAGUGUAGGUGAGACUGAGGUAAAUUAGUGUAGGUGAGACUGAGGUAAAUUAGUGUAGGUGAGACUGAGGUAAAUUAGUGUAGGUGAGACUGGGGUGUAGGUGAGACUUAGUGUAGGGAGAGAAAUAUCAUGUAAUAAUAAAUCCUUACCCUAAAAAAAGCAAUUUUUAUGAUAGAAGAAUGUAAUUUCCAUUGUGUAAUAACCUUGGUUGACUAAUUGUUAGAUUGAUUAUGUUUAUGGUUUUCAUAAAUCUUAUGUUUGUUUCCGUAGACGUAGUUGCAGUAUUGACCGGUCCCCUGGAUCCAGUUGCGUGGGGUCGCCUGCCUGCUCUCGCAGGGACAUGUCCCGUUCUGAGUCAGUCCGUGGUGCUACAGGUUCACAUCGAAUAUUCCGAUCUUCUGACCUUAUUCCUGGAGAGGUCCUGGGGAGGGGCUGCUUUGGACAGGCAAUAAAGGUGAGUAAUAUUCCAUUUUUGCAGACCAAAACCAUUCAAAAUAAAGUGAUUUAUAAUCAUGUAAUUGAGAGCAAUAUUGUACACAUGGUUAGCACCUUUGCUUCUCCUUAGGGAGAGGUAUUAGCAGUAGAAAGAGGGAAGUGCUCAUGCCAUUGUACAGAACACUGGUGAGACCUCACUUGGAGUAUUGUACACAGUACUGGAGACCGUAUCUUCAGAAGGAUAUUGAUACCUUAGAGAGGGUUCAGAGAAGGGCUACUAAACUGGUUCAUGGAUUGCGGGAUAAAACUUACCAGGAAAGGUUAAAGGAUCUUAACAUGUAUAGCUUGGAGGAAAGACGAGACAGGGGGGAUAUGAUAGAAACAUUUAAAUAUAUAAAGGGAAUCAACACAGUAAAGGAGGAGACUAUAUUUAAAAGAAGAAAACUACCACAACAAGAGGACAUAGUCUUAAAUUAGAGGGACAAAGGUUUAAAAAUAAUAUCAGGAAGUAUUACUUUACUGAGAGGGUAGUGGAUGCAUGGAAUAGCCUUACAGCUGAAGUGGUAGAGGUUAACACAGUAAAGGAGUUUAAGCAUGCGUGGGAUAGGCAUAAGGCUAUCCUAACUAUAAGAUAAGGCUAGGGACUAAUGAAAGUAUUUAGAAAAUUGGGCAGACUAGAUGGGCCGAAUGGUUCUUAUCUGCCGUCACAUUCUAUGUUUCUAUGUUUCUAUGUUUCCUUCAUUAUUAUAGCCUGAAUUACCACCAGUCAGAGCUCCUAUUGUUUAUUUCAGUGUUACAUGCAAUGAACCGCUAUUAUUUACCUCUGUGGUUAUAUCCAGUCACCUGCCUAUUUCUGUAUGGGCAUUCCUUUUAGUUACAUUUUAGGUAACUGAUGAGCAGGAAUACAGGUUAAACAACUCUUAAUAGCUUUGUUAUCUUACCAUGGCUGACAAUAAAAUCUACCAAUUCAGCUCUUGGUCUCUAGUUACUAAUACACUCAAUGCUUGCAGGUUACCCAUCGCGUGACUGGAGAGGUUAUGGUGAUGAAGGAGCUUAUUAGAUUUGACGAAGAAACUCAAAUAACGUUUCUCAGAGAGGUGAGUGUGAAUGUUAAGAUGUAUCACUUUGAGAGUAUGUUAGAGAGAUAGUAAAUAUGUAUGGCUUGCGCAGUUUACUUAAGAAAGUAUAAUUAGUGUGAAGCAAGUUAUGAUUUUCUAAUAGGCAUGCAACCCGGUCAGUAAUACUGGAACUGUUUGCAUUUCCUUGCAAUUCCUCUCCGAAUGUAUCGUACUGUCGUACUUAUCGUUUUACAUUUGGCCAGUGAUGAUUGCAAUUUUUAUUGGGGAUGAGAUUUAAUUAUAUGUCCUUACUGGGCUAUUUCUCCCACUUUCAUUGCAAUAGUUUUUGCAAUAUUUCCUUGCCAACAAAAAAUUAAUAAUGGCUGACGACUCAAAAUGUAAAAUCUACACUUCUAGGCAGGACUAAAAGUUAUUUGUUAGCUGAUAUGAGUGCAAUCAAUCUGUGAUUAUUGUCACAUAAAAAUUGUCUUUCUGACUGAUGCACCAACUUAGCCCAAUAUAGUCUUUUGCUACAUGUGACUCAGAGAAACUCCACUGGUAACUGCCUCAAAACUUUAGCUUCCCUAAGCACUUUCUGUAAAGAGCGAUUCAAUUAACAGAGCAAGAGAUAACGUCUUAUAAAGUAAACACACUGUGCUGUAAGAUCUCAUUGAAAUGAAAAACAUUUCAUGUAGGCUGUGUGAGUUCCAGCCAGGGGAUGUGUGUCUAGGGCGGCAUAAACACAAACAAAAGAAUUUAACUCCUAAGUGGUGGAGAAUAUAGAAGUGAGACGGGAGGAGCAUGAUAUAUACACUAAAACUGCUUCCAAGCUAAAGUUGUUUUGGUGCUCAGAGUUUCCCUUUAAUAUACAAUAAUACCAUGCCCUUUCAGGAUAUUUGAACGUAUAACUUUUAACUGGUCAACUUUUCCCAUGUGAAAUAACUGGACUAAAUGCUUACUACAUUGUGCUGAAACUCCUAGUUCUACCAAGUCUAGGGAGUGAAUCAGAAGCUUAGAAAAACUGUUAACUUAUGCUUUAUAAGGCUGAUUUUUUGCGUAAAUGUAUUUAAUUAUGUUAUGAUGGCUCUGAAACAGGUUAUAAUUGCAGCGCAAAGUUACUUUUAUUUCAGCGCUUUGUCUAUGUCUGUUUUCUAGGUGAAGGUGAUGCGAGGUCUGGAACAUCCGAAUGUACUAAGGUUUAUUGGAGUGCUUUAUAAAGACAAACGGUUGAACUUUAUCACUGAGUACAUUUCGGGAGGCACCCUGCGUACUGUCAUAAAGAACAUGGUUAGUUUAUGAAUUUGUCUUCUGAAUAUUUACAUAGGUUGUUACUGCUGAAUCAUUGACAAAAUUGGGUACUUUAUCAUUCAUUACUUUUCCUAGAUGAUAAGCAUCUUUUUUUUUAGAAUAACUGGCUCGCUCUACGACCAUUGUUAGCACCUUUAUAUUUUUUGGGGGUUAUAGCAUUUGUCUAUUUCUUUGCGUUCUGAAUAAAAGAAAUAGAAAAAUGCUAUAACCCCCAAAGUCGGAUUUUUCCUUAUAGGAAAACAUUUAUUCUAAUUAUAGUGGAUUUCCACCACAUGAUGAUUACUCUAUUAAAGGCAGUAAUCUUCCCCGUGUUGGUGAAUAAAGGGUUAAAAACCCUUAAUUUACUUACCUUAACCCAGCGCCCGCCUCCCUCGUCGCUGGGUAGCAGCUCCGCCUUCUCCCCCGUCCCACGAUGGACGUUAAUGCGAAUGUGACCUCCCCAUAGGAAAUCAUUGAAUAAAUGUUUUCCUAUAAGGAAAAAUCCGACUCUGGAUGUCCUCAUGCAAAGUGUGAGGACAUCCAGCAUCAAUUAUCGGACCAAAGGUCCGUUUGGAUGCAGGAGGCACCUCCAGUGGAGACACUGGAGGCAGACAUAGUGCUGCAAUGUAAACAUUGCAUUUUCUCUGGUACUGCAAUGUUUUAACAUUGCAGCAUUAAAUGCAAUAGGGACACAGCACCCAGACUACUUCAAUGAACUGAAGUGGUCUGGGUGCCUAUAGUGUCCCUUUAAAUCUUCUUUAGGUGUCAAACUCCUGUGGCCCUUUUUCUACCCCACUGUUUCUCUCUAUCUUUGUGAUCUAUGAAUGUUUAGUGUACAAAUGUGAAUCACAGAGCUCUGCAAUGUGCACUUAAUAUUACAGUAAAUAUUUUACAGUAAUUUUUUUGUGUAAAUCUUUAAAUGUAAUAUUCCUGAUCAUAUAAUUCAUACAUUUCACAAACUUUUAUAAAAUAUGCUUUUAGUUCAGUUACCAAUAUUGGCUUAAAUUGCUAGUCAUAUUUCAGAAAACCCACUGUUGUCCAAGAAAGUAGACAAAAUACAAAACUGACCCACAAAUCUCAAAGUUAUUUAGAAAACACCUUUAUGAUACUGAAAAUCAGACUGAUUGGGAUUCCAUCAUUUCUUGUUAUAUAUGGAUGAAUACACUGACCCAUAUCACUUACUUCCGGAUUGCUCAACCUUUUGAAAGUCAGGGACCAUGUUGAAAGUUUAGUACAUGACACAGGCUACACAAUAGACAUCUUUUCUAUACAAUACAAUAGCAAUGAAAGAUGCAGUGACGGAGAACACUGGUUCUGCUUAUUAUUUUACUAAUCAUUCAUUGUUAGGAACUAUUUCUGUGGUAUCUAAUCAGAGGCAGUGCUCCAGAUGACAAUCAAUCAUUUUUGUCCUCGAUUUUAACUUUAAGUGCUUCCUUCUGCAAAACUUUUGUUCGCAUAUAUAUAUUUCUGCCCCGUGCAUUGUAAAAUGCAUGCUGCAGGACAAGAGGUGUCCUUGUUGGGGAUGUGGGAGGUAUUUACAUAAACCCUUAGAAGGGCUUCUCCGUAUAUAUUGGGGGCCAGCUCGAGGUGUAACUUUCUGGGAUUUGGAUUACGCACCGCAACUGACUGAUUAUAUUUUAGUCUCUAAAACGAAUUUAGUUAAUGUUACAACCAAGCUAUUAAUAUAUAUUAGAUGGUUGGUUUCACAGGCAACAUUGCGUUGGUUUUUGUCAAACCAUUGCAAAACAGCUUCACAAAGAAAUUGGGGAUGGGUGCUGUAGUUUGUGGAUAUGUUUUUUUAGAAGAAAGACCUAAUUUUUUGCUUCCUCAUUUUAUUUUACAGGAUCUUGAACAUCCGUGGAACCAGAGGGUUCGUUUUGCCAAAGAUAUCGCUGCUGGAAUGGUGAGAUAGGAAAAUUAUUGUGUGUUCUUGUGUUUGCGUCAUGAAACAUAUAAUCUAAGAUACCAAAGAAGUAUGGGCACCCACAGGUCUUGUUUGCAAUUAAGUAUUUAAAGGAACACUAGGGGGUCAGGAACACAAACACGUAUUCCUAAUUCUAUAGUAUUAGCCCCCCCAAUGCAUUUCUAUGAGGAUCAGUGUCUCCAUGCAGAAAGUGGAGACACUGAAUGUCACAGCACUGCCCCAGGAAGCACCUCUAGGGGAAGCACCUCUGAGGAGUGGCCACUGGAGGUAUCCCUACACUGUAAUGUAACACUGCAUUUUCUCUGAAAAGACCGUGUUUACUGGAAAAAGCCUGAGGGAAUAAUUAUACCAGAACAAAUACAAUAAGCUGUAGUUGUUAUUGUGACUAUAAUGUCCCUUUAAAUGUUUAUGCCAUAUCAAUACCAAUCAGGCAUAUCACUGUCUAGACCACAAUGUACAUUAUAUAUAAUAUUAACAAUCAAAGUAACAACGUAAAAACAAAAAAUUAUUUACUUACUCUACACUUCCAAGCUCCCCAGAACACAAAAGAUCGGAACUGGAAGAGCAUAGAUUCACUAGUGAACACAACUAACUCAAAUUAUAUACAGUAAAAACCAAAGACAAAAAGUUACCUGCGCUCUUCCCAAAUCCCUAUGUAUAGUUAAACAAAUGGAGGUCAUUUAGUUACUCCAAUGGCCAUGAGAAGGAAUGCCCACCUGCCAUCGUCAAGGCAGGCCCCCCUCGACGGGUCCUACUCUGACCCUUUACCUUGCUUCCUUGAGCUUCUGGCAAAGAUAUCUCUAAUGAGACAGAGAGGGGUAUAUUUGUAUAAACCCCUACAUGCUUAUUAACUCUUAAUAGGGAACACAUGGGACAUCCCAUGUGUUCCCUAUAAAAAGUUAGUAAGCAUUAGAGAUAUCUUUGCCAGAAGCUCAAGGAAGCAAGUAGUCAGAGUAGGACCCGUCUAGGGGGGUCUGCCUUGACUUUGGCAGGCGGGCAUUCCCUCUCAUGGCCAUUGGAGUAACUAAAUAACCUCCAUUUGUUAACUAUACAUAGGGAUUUGGGAAGAGCGCAGGUAACUUAUUUUCUUUAGAACAAAACAAGCUAGUAAAUUAGGUGGACAGCGCUAAGAAUUAUUAUAAUAAAAUCAUACAUACAAAGUUGGCAGCAGAUUUCGCAAUUAUGUUUCUUACUCUAAAAAGGAAAUAAAAGCACAAUGAUAGUCCAGUAUGUUAUGAAUAAUAUGGUGAUAAAGAUAUAUUCCAAAGGGGCACUCACAUUUUCCAGAGCUUAAAAAGCACUAUUUUAGGAGCCUUGAUGGAACAAUCCCUGUCUAAGGAUUUCUUUUUGCUGGUAUCAGAUUCCCAAGGUAGUGCGGUUCAUCAUAUGAAAAAAAAUAAGGAUGUAUACCGAUGGUACAGUACGUAUGUAAAGGAUAAUUAAAUAAUAUUAGACCUACUUACAUUUCCUAGAGCAAUGACCUGCUCUAGUGUAUGGAGCUUAAGGUGGAACAAUCCCCGCCUAGGGAUAUAUGUAGAUCCGGAACAGCAGAGUGAUGGUGAGAGUAUAAGGAGCUCGAGAGUGACUGGGUAUUAAAACAGAAGCGCGGAAGCCCUCUAGCGGCUGUCAAUGAGACAGCCACUAGAGGCUGGAUUAACCCUAAUAAAAACAUAUUUCUCUGAAACUGCUAUGUUUAUAGAAAAAAGGGUUAACCCUAGCUGGACCAAACACCCAGACCACUUCAUUAAGCUGAAGUUGUCUGGGUGCCUAUAGUGGUCCUUUAACUUCUUUUCUUUGUGUUCACUGUAUGUAUUGGGGCUGAUGUGCACUAUGGUCGCUGCUGCUGCUGCCGCCCAAGAGUAGUUGGAGUUUGAGCGCAGGACUUGUUUUUUUGUAUUUGUAUUAACUCAAAUUAGAGUUUCACUGCUAUGUAUCUUUUAUAUUACAUGAUAGUGUAAGGUUUGUGUAAGCAUUACAAAAAAAGCUUUUUUGUAGCAUAGGGGUUAAUGUGCAGUUUGUUACCUAGGGGUUUAUAGGUAGUGUAGUGCAGGGUGCAGGAGUCAAGUCCCAGUUCUGCCAAAGAUUACAACCACCAGACUGCAGAAAGGUGACCCUUGCAUUAUUAGCCGUUCAUUAUGGGGAAUAAUAAAAUCACAGAAUUAGUGCUGAUUAGAUAGUGAAGUAGUGCUGGUUUUUGUUGGGGUAUGUUACUUGCUCUGAGUUAAACCAUUGGCUCAUUUUACAGUUAUAACAAACUUGUAAUCAAUUUCAGGCAUAUCUUCAUUCGGUGCGAAUAAUCCAUCGGGAUUUGAACUCUCACAACUGUCUCGUACGAGAGGUAAGAGUAAUCAUAAUGACUUCCCAUUACUCAGAUUUAGAAUACUGGCACAUCUGAAAUUCAGUGUAUUAUUGUCUGAACACUCCAAUUUCUGGAAAAAUAAUAAUGGAAUUGGAAGACUGAUAGCACGAACCCCUUUCAGAAUAAAACUAUGUCUGGCAUAUGACUGUAAUAUUGCAGCAGAAGGAAUCUUUGUUGUUUUAUAUGGAACAUUAGGUCUGAUACACUAGCUUCCCUUAAGAUUUAUGGCUCAAUUUAAAAUGUUGGUGCUUGCUUACAAAUCUCUACCUAACGCUGCUCCUACCUAUCCUCACUCUUACACAAGUAUAAGUAUGUCCGUCCAGGCCCUUACGCUCUGCUGAAGACUUGAACCUAUCCUCUGUUCAUACUUGCACCUCUGACUCCCACCAUAAAGACUCCCCUAGGGCUAUGCUCUUCCUAUGGAACUCUCCCCUGCUUUGUUAGACUCUCAUCCUGUCUCUGUUCCCUCAAAAGAUCAUUAAAAACUCACUUCUUUAGGAAAGCAAAUCAAUUAAACUGUUAAUAGCUUUCCCUCCCCACACCUUGGUAACCCACCUUGCUGCCUCUCCUGUGUCAUCCAAAAAACUAAUCCUUCAUUGUAAACUAUUCUAGCAGCUUACUUUUUCCCGUGCAUGAAAUACAUCCUACCCUUACCUCUUGUGUCACUAUACCCCACUGCCAUAGAAUGUAAGCUUAUAUGAGCAAGGCCCUGUGUGUCUGACUUGUCUUGCUGCAAAUAUUUGUCUGUUAGCCCACCUAUUGUACAGCGCUGCAGAAUUUUUUGGUGCUUUAUAAAUAAUAAUAUGAACAUUUAUCACAUCUCUUUAUUGGAAAAUAGCCAUGUGAUAUCUUUCUUCACCCUUAUGGCUGAUUAGUCUCGCAUUAUAGUUCUAGAGUCCUUUUCAGAUUACACUCUACAACUGCCACUGUGGGCACAGUCAGCCUGGCAGUCUUAAUCGGCUAGUGAAUGUCUUUGUGCUCGUCCCACAGGAUGGGAGCGUGGUGGUAGCAGAUUUUGGACUGGCACGACUGGUUAAGGAAGAGUCUCGUGACCUGCGUAAGGACAAAAGGAAACGUUACACUGUUGUAGGAAACCCAUAUUGGAUGGCUCCUGAGAUGAUAAAUGGUGAGAAGUCAUUUCUAAAAGACUGGAGGAAAAUCUAUCUUUGCUUUGGGAUUGUUUGGGAACACGUUCUCUGGAAGUUAGUUAUGACAGAAUGCAUAGUACAGAUGGCUUUCUUUUUGUUUAUUUUUCUUUAUUUAUCAAAUGUCUUUACAAAAGUGAAUAAAGUGAUAAACUGUUACUGGUCGGGGCACACAGGUUCAGAAUAAUAAAAAAAUGUUAUUAAAUGAUUUGUAACUGUAGGCACUUAAUAUCCCUAACUAAAAUACACUCUGAGUUCUACAAUAUGUUGGUUAAAGUCAGCCGUAAAGCACAUUUACUAUGACAUUUAGUCAGAAAGGAAUCUACAGUUCGAAUUCCGGAGGGGCUCUGCAGUAUUUUGUGUUUUAGAUUUUAUGUUUAGAAAAUGAACACUUAUAUUUGGGCAAACACAUAUACACACACUACAAACAUAUAUACAGUGACAAAUACAUACAUCUAGAGCCACACAUACACAUAUUUCAUACAUGUGACCAAAGGCAAAUAUCUACAUACACAUACAGACAGAAACAUAGACAUAUACAACAGAGAUACAGAUAUACAUAUACUUAUAUACUAUAUGGCUAUAUGCAUUUGAUGGGGGUGGUUAUUCAUCCCCUCUUGCAGGUCACACAUAAAUGCUUAUGCCUUUUUGGGGGAGGUGGGACAUUUGCCCUAGUGCCACCCUCCCAUCACCCACCCCUCCAUGACCCACCAAUCUUUCCAUAGAGCAGAAACUGUGACAGAUUCUGAGUAAAAGUCACUUUUAUCAAAUUCUUUUUUGUUAUGCUUUCACAGGGAGAAUUUACGAUGAGUCUGUGGAUGUCUUCUCCUUUGGGAUUAUGCUGUGUGAGGUAUUGCUCAUUUAAAACUUUGCUUGUAGUCCAAGUUUAAAAGGGAGUUUUCUUUAAAACAAAAAACAUUCUGGUUGUUAAAAUGAUAUAAUUAGCAUCCCAAUUAGGCCAACUAAACCACUGUAGAUUGAUCAUCCAAAACAGCCACUGAAAUUGCAGUUCUGGCAAGUUAAUGGCAUCUGAUAGACAGCUCAUUCCCUCCUGUGUACAUGCACUCUGCUCUGCUCACAUACAAAGUUUAGUAUUACCUGCACAUUGCAGCCCACUGUAAAUCACCCCAAUCUUAAAAAAAAAAUCCUGUUCUUUCUGCCAACCUUAUACAACUUUCUGAGAAAAAACUUUGUAAACCCAAAGUAGAGCUUGCAUUGACUUCCACUUUAAUUAACUGCCAUUCUCUUUUUCAGAUAAUUGGGUGUGUGAGUGCUGAUCCUGAUUACCUCCCGCGCACCAUGGAUUUUGGGCUGAAUGUCCGUGCUUUCCUGGAUAGAUAUUGUCCCCCAACAUGCCCCCGUGGAUUUUUUCCUUGUGCUGUCACAUGCUGUGACCUGGAUCCUGAGAAACGGUACAGAUUUUAUUGUCUGCUUUUCUGAAUGUAACCUCCUUCAUUCAACUAAUGCCAAAGGUUAUGAUGGAUAAUUUAACAUUACAGUUAGCUCCUAGGCAUAACUGAUAUUUCAAACUGAUUUUGUAAUAAAGCCAUCUAAUCUUCAGGGAGAGGUUUUAUCUGACAGCAUCAUUGUAACACCAGCUGUAUUACCCUACAGCUCUAGAACUAUCAUAUACACGUUUUCUAUCACCACUUAUUCAGUGCUGAUCGUUCCCCAGUACAUUUGCCAAUAUUAAAUACAAAGUUAUGAUAAACUCUGUAUGGAUCUACUUACUGUUCUUAACUCACCUGGGUCCUUUAUCUUCUUGGACACAGCUGGUUAGUACAAAUGAACCGGCAUUUUGGGGGAAUCUUUGUUACAUUGUCGCCAUCCAUCUAAAGGCUGGGGGAUUAAUUGGAGUAAAUUUUUUUGGUUAGAUUGUGCCUAUACAUCUCAAUGUUCUUUGGGUCAUAUUGUCUCUAUAUAUGUUAAGGUUGUGGGUCUUUGGGUUAUGAUGUUUCUAUCUAAAGGUUUGUAGGCUGAUUGGGUUACACUAACUCUUUGGGUUAUACAUUCUCAAGGUUGGGGGCUCUUUUGUGGGCUACAGUAUCUAUAGGCAUUCUGUGGUGAGGAGGGAAACAGGAAAAAAGAAAAGUGUAUCGGAAACAUCUUUAUAUAUUUUAUAAUGUAAACUGUAUGUUCUGUAAAGAGAUUUUCCAAAUUGUUUUAUCUAUUCCGUCUUUAAAAUAUGCUUUUUAAUUGGCUACAUUUACUUCCGCAGGUCAAGAAAAGCAUGUGGAUUUAACACUUUGACUUCUCUUGUUGUAGGCUUAUUGUAUACAUUUAUUAAUUAAUAAGGUAGUAUUUCUCUGCGGAUUCAUUACUGAAAUGUGCAUGCUUGUCUCGUUCCUAUAGAGAAAAAAAUAUUCAAGAUACCUAGAUCCCCAUUAUAACUCAGUUCUUCGUUUUCGUCUUUUGCAGACCAACUUUCUCACAAUUGCAGCUGUGGCUGGAGUCUCUCCUUGGACACUUAAACAUAAAAACGCCUCUCAAUUCACAUCUUGUGCAGAUGGACGAGGACUUCUGGGAAAUUUACAGGAGAGGGGAUAGCACCCUGCAUGUGCACCCAGAAAUCCCAGAAUAAACUCAAAGAGGAAGCAUUCCUAAAUGAUUUACAAGCCAUUCCCCAAUUUGUGUGCUAAUGGGGGCUCAUAUGCUUACCUUGCACAGAGUGGGAUUAAACUCCACCUCCACGUUACGCAAAGAGACCUGUUGUGUCAGUGCUCUAGUGAUCAUAGAGGAUGCUGGGAAGUUUUUACGGCAUUCCAGAAUAUACACUGUUCUAGUACCUUAGGGUGCCUACUCUGUUCUGUCAGUUUGUUAAGGUUCUUUCUGGUCCAAUGGCUUUGAUGAAGUAGGCUCUGUUUUCAAAGAUGCUUAAAAACCAAGAAACAAUUGUGCGUUCUGGAAAGGCGUCAUUACAUCACCCCCCCCUCCCUGCAUGGCGCCUCAUUCAAUUGACUGUUCGUGCAAAGGAGCGUUCUGCACCUUGUGUAAAUACAUGUAUGUAUAUUUAGACUGUGCAUAGCUUUCUGUACAUAGCCUCACGUAUGUCUCUCUGUGCCGUCCUUGUUCUUAUUGCCAAGAAGGGCUUCAGCUUUUCCCAACCUGUUCAGUGCACUGUGGUUUUUCAGGAUCAUAUCUGAUGGGACCACAAUGCACUGGGGCAUAGAACUCAAACGAAGCUGAGCAGAAUGUUUGUCUUACUUGUAGACACAUUAUAUACAAUAUCACCAUUACAUCCUGGGUUUUACCUCCGUAACGCUCCGUAUGUGCUGUCAGUUUAAUUCCCACAUUCAUAGCACUUAUAGCUUGUCAGCUUUCUUACUACCACCAGCAUUGAUAUACCUAAAUCAUUGUCAAAGUUAUUUGUUACCUGUCUAAAUUCUAAAGGGGAACAUCUUAGCUUAGCUAAAGCUACAUAUGACAACAAAAAUAUUAAUUAAUUCUAUCUCUCUUCCAUUUAUUCUCAAACAAUGGCACCAAAUUGUCAAGAAAAGUCUAAACACAACUUUGGAAUUUAGUCAUUUUGACUAGACAAAUCCAAAGUUGUUCCCAGCCAAUAGACAGUCUGAGCUCCUCUCUCUCCACAACCCCCAUUGAAAUCUGGCUUACAUAAAUUACUACACUGUUGAUAGUAUCUGUAAUGGGUUUAUCAUUUUAUAUAGCUAUCAUUCUCCUAAGUCUGAUUUAAUUUUUUAAUUUAUUUAUUUGAAAUAUCACUUUUUAAUUCUUGCUGUAUUAAGAAUAUACUAUUUUACCUUAUGAGACUUCUUUCCCAUAUCAGUUGAAGGCUGUGUCAGUAUGUGAAUUGACUUUGUCACAAUUUACUAAGUGUAACUUGAGUGACAGCUGUGUUCUGCCGUCAUUCCAGAGCAGAGUAGCCAUUUGACAAGCUGAAAGUGCUUCCACAAUGCAACGUGCAUAAUUAGAAAUAGUCCUUACAUUUACAUAACUAUAAACUGAGAUAUUAGGGGGGGGCGGGAAACUCAACAUACACAAGAAGUAGAUGAUUUUUACUAUGCGAUAAUCAUUACCAGAGUUAAAUGAUUAAUUGUGCUUCACUAUUAUAGUACAGUAACUGAUAUUACUACCAAGUUUCAUACAAUGGUACUUUAUUAAGAAUGUUGAAAUUGCAGUGUUACAUUAAUUGGUCUGAAUGUCCUCAAACCACCUGUUAUUCAUUUUUUUAAAUGAACUAUAUCUUCAUGACGGGGAACAUUUCAAUUUGUACAUGCUGGUACGAUGGAUUUUUUUUUUUUUUUUAAUGAUAAAUCCAUUAAUUCUUCCAAUAUAGAUGCAGUUAAUUACCUUUAAAUUACGGCAUGUUCCUUUUAGAUUAGCUGCAAGUAAAAUCGAACUAAUGCCCCAAACAGGGCCUAGAUUCAACCAAAAUGUAUACCAGCACACACCCAGGUGAGGAGCAAGUGAAAUCCAAGUGCAAACAGUAAAAUAAACAUCAGUUACUAAACAUACUCUGUGAAAGCAAAACAUCAAGCUCAACUUUUGAACCACGUGUGAUUUUAGCUUCAUUAGGAUAUAAAAUCAUUCAUUUUACUGGACUCCUCAGAUUAACUUCUAAAUUCUCUCUACAAAUUAAUUUGAACACAUUUUAAACUAGUGAGCUUAUUUUUCAUUUCUUUCAGCUUACUAUGUUCCAUUUCAUUUUGUCCUGAUUUAUGUUGUUAAGUGAAUGUUUUGUCAGAUUUAUUAGUUUCAUUAUUUUACAACACAGAAUUUCACUUGACCCUCACAUGGGAAACGCCACAGCAAUGUCGAGGUUGGCAAAAUUGGCACGGAGCUAGAUUUAUUCCCACACCCAGCCGUGUCUUGAAACAGGUAUUAUUCUGCUCCUUUUUAGGCUACCUGAUUGUAGGGUGAAAAUAUAUAUAUAUUUAAUUUUUUUCUGCUUGGGAUCUCCGAUUCCAUAGGAAAUGGAAGCCAUCAGGUCUUCAGUGUUCUGAAGAAUAUAUAUUAAAUAGUGGCCUUGAUUUAAUAUUUUUGGAUGACAUUUUCAAAUUAUUUAAUAUUUCUGAAUAAAGGUUUCAAAUUUAUUUUAUUUUUUUGUAAGAAAUAAUCACCCUCUUACAAGGUUAUUCUUUAGGGAAUGUGGACAAAUAAAACACAGACAAAAUAUAUAUAUUUUUAAAUUAGGCUACUGUUACAGUUUUGUCAUAAGUGUAAACAUAAAAACAUUUUAUGAACACAUAGGCCUUAAUCACAAAAUAAUACAUUAAGAUUUUCAUUAUUUAUGUAUAUGUGGCUUGGUUCCCUCUGUCCUCAAUGCUGGUUAAACAACUGACUCCACUUGCAUGGCCAGUUGAAAAGGAAAUAGUCUAUUUGGGUCUGUUAGCUCUUACACCCAGAUAUACCAGAAAUCUCUGGAAGAAAUGACCAGUUAGGUUAGAUUCCUUAGUUAUGAAGACAGGUUGGCUUGGGAAAUCAAAAAAUUGCCUUGUUUUACCUAGACAAAGGGUGCCCAAAAGGAAGAUCCCCAGAUGUUUUAAAACUACAAAUUCCAUUAUGCUUUGUCAUUCUAAAAGCAUUCUACAGACAUGCAAUGUAUCAUGGGUGUUGUAGUUCUUCAACAUUUAGAGAUCUACCUUUUGGGCACCCGUGACCUAGAUUUUAGUUACUCUGGCCCAAAAUUGAAUUCCACCAUUUUUAUGAACUUAACUGAUAAUUUGAUCUCCGGAUACUAUGUUUGGAAAACUGGUCAGUAGGAAGACUGCUUGAGGGAUGAAAUAUACAGUUUUUUUAUACAGAUGCUGUAGAAUGCAACUGGUAGUUUUCAUAAUUAGCACAUUGUUCUCAGGUAGAUGAUCCCAAUCUGUGCAACCAGUCACAUGCACAGUAAGUUAUACAAUAUUUCAGCGUCUUUCGUAUCAAUUUCGUACAAUACCAAAACAUUUUUCAAAAUAUAAAUUCAUUUCAAAAGUUGAUCCAAAAACAUUACAUUAUUUGAAAUGCUUAUCCGGAAAUAUCAAUUUGAGGCCAUUGAUAGCUAAUAAAUAGUUAGCAACUAAAAACAUAAUUUAUUCAUCAUUGAGAUCAAAUACCAUUUUAUAGAAAAACUUAGGCAAGUCCAGUAUUCACAAGAUUCAAAGGUUGUUAUAAUAUAUAAGGACCUAAAGCAUGAGGAGUCCUUGUAGCGAAUAUAAAGAAUACACAAAACAAAAUAAGUCAAAUAGGAUGAAUUAAAAAAUGGGAAAUGGGGGAGAACUCUGCUUAGAUUCCCAAUAAGGAAACACUGAUCUCUCCAUAUAAAUGGAAAGAGACACAGCUUCUUAGUUGAUGGGAAAAAAACAGAACAUUUGCCAACAUUUUCAAUUCGAUCAGAUUAUAUUCAAAUUUAGCAGUAUAGGAAGAGAUAAUGGGAAUAUAAAAAUAUAGUUAUGGUGGGGAAAAUACCCAUUAGAAGUUCAUCCGGCAUGGUAUACAAUUAAACCCGAUUUAAAAAGAUGUUUCUGACAGCUAAGAUCAUUUUGGAUAUUUAGAGGGUUCAGUACAUCAACCAUGGGGGGCUCUCUAUGUUAGUUGUAAAACAAACUUUAAAAAAAGCAAAUCACAAUGUGGGAAUGUUUAUUUUACUGAAAAAGGAAAUAACUUGUUGGAAAAUUCCUGUUUUUAAUGUAUUUUUAGCAUUCUGCUGAAGAUGGGUUAAUGUCUACGUGUGUCACAAAUGUCAUGUUUUUCUAGAAUUUUGAAUUGUAAAAGUGCACUUCUUAAUUCCAGUUUGCCUACAGCAGCAACUGUGGAAGUCCAUAUUCUAAUGAAAUCCCGGAGCGCCAAAUGGGUUAUCAAUGCAGUGCCAAGUGUGGCUCAACCCUUUGGCACUCGUGGGAGUUAACACAACUAAGGUUUGCGCCUUAUUUUUCUCCACAUGUUUCUGAGAAUGGUUUAUCUCUCAAUUCCUGCAAUUUGCCUUAUAUUGCCUUAUGUAAUGUAAGAGAACAUAAGUUUAGGAUAACGUUUUUAAAAUUCUGUGAACGUAUGAAUUUUUCUCCCAUAUCAAAUGUUGCUAUUUUUCUUUGUUAUGAAAAGCAUUUUUCUUAUUUUUUUUGUUUUGUGUUGUUUGUUAAAAAGUAUGUUUAUAUAUCCUUUGACCUUGAAUGCUACAAAUUUGCUGAAUCAAAUCAAAUCUUGGAACCCAUUCGAUUUUACUGAGCUAUCAUUACAAAGUGUGUGGGAAGAUUUUGUGCUAUUAAAUUCCAGUUCUAGCCAGCAGUCAAACACAGACACACUGUCGGUGCACAAGAACACAUCACACGUAGACAAAAGGCAGACGGAAAUGAAAUCUGUAUCUCCUGCUGGACCAGUCAUAUUUCUUUCCUGUAGUAAUGUGAAUUUGUCUUUGUAAGGAAGACGAGUUCCUGUGUGCAUUUACAAAGAACUUUUCUCUUCAACUGGUAGAGCAUUUAUUGCAAAACAAAUUCUGUGGCUUGCUUAAUAGUCUUAGAUAUAGUAUUGGAUUGCUAUAAAGUCAACAGUCCUACACACAGUUUUCUUAAAACGUAAUGUUCAUCUCAUACUGAUCAAUGAACGGUUUCAUUGCUACACUAUCAGAAGUGCAGUGUUUAAUUGACCACUAGGGUAAUGUGCACCUUUACACCCCAGGAAGCUAUAUACAUUGUCUAAAGUGUCUGCUUUCCUUAAUGCAAGAUGAUCUACUUGUUACAGUAAAACAUUUAGUCUUUAAUUAUAUUAGGCUCUCUUUGUUACGAAAUGUGUUGCUCUGCUGUUCGAAAGUGAAAUUGGGACACACAGUUCAGUCUAGCUGCUACAACAAUGUUGUGUGUAAAAUUAAAGCCAAUGUGUGUGUUGUAUACAUGCUGGCAAAAAUUAAACGUCAAUGUACAAGGCUUAUUAUCUAUGAAAACACGUGCCCACCGAAGGCAGUAGCUUGUCCUCCCGCACUGAUCAUUUAUCAGUUUAUAUUUCUCUUCUUGAUAGUUCUCUGUAAAUUGGUUAAUAAGCCUGAUGUUAGAAAUUCUCUAAUACAUUAACCCCUUAAGGACCAAACUUCUGGAAUAAAAUGGAAUCAUGACAUGUCACACAUGUCAUGUGUCCUUAAGGUGUUAAAGAUUAGCUGUUUCUGUUAGUGUUGCAUUUAGCCAGACAAUAUGACCAUUAAAAAAUAUAGAUUUACCACUGAGAGGUUUGUGCAAGAUUUAACUAGGAAAAUUAAAAUGAAUAUUCAGCAAAUGGCGUGCACCUUGGAUGCGCAUAAGAGAUGAUAAUUAUUUUUUUUAUGUAGUUGCACACAGAUGCCAGCCUGCUGCCAUUUUGUGUGGGAUAGCAAACAGGUACUAUUUGGCCUGAAAUACAAAAAUGAGUGAUCUGUUGCAUUUGACACAAAACAAAUUGAUCUGAAUGAAAUAUAUUGAGUUGUCCCAUUACCCUCCGUUUUUGUGUUUUUAUUAUAUUGGAUUGUUGGAUUUGACUUUGCACGGAUGAAUAUAGUUGUGAUGUGUAAAAUCAACAAUGGAUUAAUACGCAAUGUUAAAUUUAACAUUUAAAAUGCAAAAGGGGCCAACUACACACUGACUCCCAAGUUUCCAGAUUUAUGAAAAAUACGCUCUAUUUAA